CCCGACCCCACGCGCUUGGACUUGCGCGCCCUAGAGUGGUGGGGACGUUUGAGUGGCCUUGCAGAAGGCAGCCCGUCCGGGCGCUCCCGAGCUUGUGUGUGCGCGAGCGGUGUCCGCCAGCCUGCCCACCCAGGUUCUGAGAAAGCUCGCUCUUCCCGCGUGAUGUGUUCCACCUUUCCUUCCCAGGGGUUCCCUGCGUCAAUCCUGUGCUUUGCAGGCGUCGGCCCUAAAGCUGAGAACUUUAAAUUAGCCUAAUGCACCGUCUACUAGCUUUGAACAAAGCUGCAGCCGCAGAGGCGAGGGGAGAGUGUCAGUCCCUGGCAGUGAGGCGCCAGGCUUAGGGCAAGAAAAAGUUUUCCUGGAACUCGGGAGCUGGUGGGGAGGCUCUGUCAAGAGCUGAGGGUUUUUUGUGUUUUUAAAUGGGAGGCUCUGGGUAAAGGGGCGGGGCGAGGAGGCGAACAAGACAACCUUAGUAUUGUUUGAACUGAACCAUUGCGAUAGAACAGUGGCAGAAAAACCGCGUUUUCUCCGGAGUCCUGGUCCGGCCCUGGAAGACCGGCCCCGGGCGCCACCCUGGGACCCUGUUGCCGAGCCUGCCCCUCCACGCCGGCCAUGCACAGCCCCGCGGUACCGUGGCUGCUGUUGGCGACUGCACUGCGAGGCUUUGCACAUUUAAAACGUUUUGUUUAAAGAGUAGGAGCCACUUUUACUGAGCUUUAUGUAACCAUGGCUAAAAUGAACAGGUUUCAUGGGGGUAUUCCGCUCAGGACUCAAAUGUUUAGACAGGAGCUGAAAGAGGAGGGAGCUUUGGGGAUGUCCGCUGCCCCACCUCUGCUUACUGUGGCCACCGGAGCCUGUGGCGGCCAGAGUCCCGGUGGAUUUCCCGGGGUGGACCCCUCCCUCCUCAGCGCGCACAGUUUCAGAGCACCACACGGGGACAGAGGGGAAACGUGUUCAUGAUUUCAUCUGAUUUCUGGUGUUUUUACAUCGUUCUGCCCUAAUGUAAAACAAACCAGGAUUUUAAAGGCAGUGAGUGACAAGGAGCUACUCGCACUUGGGAAAGAGCUGCUAACUUUGCUUUUCCGCUGCUGUUGGCUCUGGUUCAGGGCCCAGGAUGGAAAGUAAAAGGAGGACUCGGAGACUUUGACCAGAGCACUGCAGGCCAAAGUUUUCUUCACGUUCUGGUCUGUGUCUCCGUCCUUCUCCCAGCCCUGACCUAAGAUCAGAACCUAGAUAGUUGAACUAGCCCAGUGACCCUGUGAAUUCUAAUGCACAGGCCUGUUUGCAUAUAAGACGUGGCUCAGAUUUAUGAACCAGAAGCGACGCAUGCAUGCGCGUGCACACACACGCACUCAAAGGCAGACGUCCCUAGAAAGUACCAAAUCGGGCUGCGUGUGCUUCAGUUGUACCGAUGCCCGCACCUCUCUGUCCCUAGAGGCACUUUUAUAAUAUCCAUCUGAUCAUGCUUAAGGCUGGUGGGAGUCCCGGGAAUUCUUUUCUGAACUCAUCCUAAAAUUGGUGGAAAGACCACCAGGCACCUAGGUCUUCAAAAGAUCCAACUAGCCUGGGCGGGCGGUGCACUUUUGUAAUCCUAGCACUUUGGGAGGCUGAGGCCUGCUGAUUGUCUGAGCUCAGGAGUUCGAGACCAUCCUGGGAGAAACAUGGUAAAACCCUGUGUCUACUAAAAUACAAAAAAUUAGCCAGGCCCGGUGGUGCCUGCCUGUAAUUCUAGCUACUCAGGAGGCUGAGGCACAAGAAUUGCCUGAACCGGGGAGGCAGAGGUUGCAAUGAGCCAAGAUUGCACCACUGCACUCCAGCCUGGGUGACAGAGCAAGACUGUCUAAAGAAAAAAAACCUAGGUACUAAACAUAGCUCUGCCCUAUUCUCUUAAAUCCAGAGCCUCAGUUUCCGUACUUUGAAGUAUGGUUUCUUAUAAAGGCCAAGUACCCUAAGGGAGAUGAGACACCUCUAUGCCUCCCCGAAACCUCAUCGAUGCUGCAAGCUCACCCUCUCUUUCACCCUUGAUCUCUGGGUGGGACCAAGAUGAUUGACUGCCCAGCAGAGCUUCGCAAAGUUCUAGACCCGCAGACCUAACUCACCUGGAAAGCCUUGGUAAGAAGCCAGGUCCGCAUCUCAGACCUUCCAGUCAGACAUUCUGGGGUGGAGUCCAGGACCCUGCUUCCCACAUGAUACCAGAAUCUGGGAACCACUGAGUUGGAGUAUGGGGUUGAGAGGCAGUUGCGAUUACCUGCCAAGUCACUGGGCUUUCAAUUCUAACUCUACAAAUAAAACUGGAUAUUUUUAAUCAUCUUACUAGGGGCCUACUAGUAUGUGUUGUUAAGAGACUUGCACGUUGCUACUUUCAACAAGGGGCCGCUCGUUCUCGGUAAACACCGGCUUGAAUGGCUGUUCCUCGUGAAAUAAGGCUUUGAUUUUCAACUGUACUGAUGAAAGAUUUGUCUUAAUUGUGACAAGGACUUUUUCCUGGGUAGGUCAGUUCAGGAGAAAGGGCUGCCGCUCGGUGGUUGAAGAGCGGGGCUGCAGAAGCAGCUGGGCUGGGUAGUGCAGAGCCUGGGUUUGCUGAUUGAGCACGUACUGUGUGUGAUUCGUCUGCACUACUGCUUGUAAUCCUCACAGGAAAACAUACUUAGGAGCUUCGUAACUAUCAUUUCCCCAUUUUACAGGUGAGAAAAGGCACAAAGGUUUGAAGCCCUUGCCCAAGAUCCUGUCUUUGUAACUGAAUGAGACAGAUUGGCACCCAGGCCCCUUCCUCCACACUGAGCUUCCCAGAGCCUGAAAGUUGGCCAGGAGGGCACUCCUGACCUUCAGUCUUUGAGUCUCCUGGGGUGUGGGUUCUUUCUCCCUGGUCUUGGCCUUGGACUAACAGUAGAGCUGGAACUGACUCCUAGGAGGGAGGAUCUCCUCUGCUUCUCCCACUCUGAGGAUCAGGGGCACUCAGUGAAGGAGAGAAGCAAGGCCCUUCCCAAAAGGAGGAAAGGGAGCCGAAAUCCAUGGGGCGGCCUGUGCUCUGGACUCAGUGUGAAGCCAGCUGCUCCGCACGGGCCCUCAGGACCCACUCCCUGCUGUCCAUGAUGCCUUUUCUAAAGGUGCCCUUGUUUGAACGCAGUUUCAAGAUGCACAGAAUGCUUUCGUGUAAGGCAGUGUGACACUGGGGUCCCAUCCCAGACUCGAGGCAGGUGCCGGGCUAGUUCUCAGCUGGUGGGCAGCUGAGGGGCUGCCGCCUAGAGUGCGUACUCACCAAGCCUCUGCAUCCUAGUUCUCCUCUCCCCCAAGGCAGAGGUGGUACUCAUCGCACCCACCUCAUAGGUGGGGCAGCUGUGAGGUGUGUGGGUGCAUGCGAAGCACCUUGGAGGCUCUGGUACCGCCUGGGUGCCAAGCAGUAUCCCCUUGGCCUGUUUAAGGGACAGUCCCCUCGGCUACCUGUUGUAACCUUCAUGGAGGCUGAAAAGUGCUCACUGCAGCCAUUCUGAGCAUUGUUACUUGUCCUCAGAGGGUGGGCAGCAGCCUCGAGGGACCAAAUAUGCAGCAGGCUGGGCAUAUUCCUGAGGACCUCUGCCCCGGACCUGGGGGUUCUCGUAGGUAUCAGUGUGGGGCCUCUGCCUGCCACUUUGUUUCCAGGCCGCGCUUGGGGUGCCAGACCCAGGAAACUCGCCUGACCCUCCUGUUGGCUGCCACCACCUUCCCUGUCCCAGCAGCCAUGGUGGCAAGUCCUUUCUGAGGGCUUUGGGAUGGGGAGGACAGGUGUUCAGUGCCACCAGAGACCCAGAGCUUUCUGUAAGGAGCAGGACAAAUAGUUCUUUCCUACACUCCCUGGAGCCUAAGCCCUGUUGCUCAAAGACAGGCCCCUACAAAGUAGGGAAAAGCACGGGAUUCCUCCCCUGCUCUUGGAAAACAAGCAUAUCUCAGCUCUCUGGAGGCUGGUAAAGCCUUCCUCCCUGGGUGGCUUGUAGGGCUCGGCCAUGAUAAGUAAUAGCAGAGAUUUGUCCACAGCAUCCCAGAAGGAGAGGAGGGUAGGAGGGGCAAGCCGGAAAGCGCAGGGGAGGGAAACAGUCUCAGUACCACCCAUUGGCUCUGUUUGGAGCCAGAGAGAGAGGUGAAGACCACGGAAAAGGUUGUAGAAUAGAAAAAAGGAUUCUGCUCAAAUAAUCAAAAUCAGAGAACUGUGUUUAAUUUUGUUUCUGGGGAGAGGGAAAGAAAAUGGGUGCAUGGUUUAAAUAAUCGAGAAACUCAAGGGAAAAAUUAAGUGCCAUGGAGAUGUAACUUUUCAACACCGUUGAUAAUAUGAUGAAGAGAUCACCACCUAGCCAGUGGUCCGGGAAUGUCUCAUUCUUUUUAUCUGGAGAAGAAUGUUUGUCUUUGAUUAGAGGGUUUUGGAGAAAGCUCUGAAACUGGCCUCUUGCUUCGUAUCUGCUGGCGUCUGUUGUGUGAUCACUGCUGAAGGUGGGAGUCACUGUCUGCAGCGCCUGGCCUUGGCUGUUCGGCUUGUGAAUUGGGCCCAGGAACUACACAGCAGUCUUGGGAGGCCAUAGCGUCUGACCCAGCCCGCUGCUAACCAGGUCCUGGCUUCAGGGCAAGUCACUUUCCAUGCUUUGGCUCUGGGGCCAGGACGAGAAUGUUGUGUGGUAUCGAGCUCUCAGGUGCUGGACAUACCUUGAGCGAGCUGGAGAGUCAGAAGUGAGGGCCAGGCCCUGCAGCUGUGCUGAGACCUGUGAUGGUGAGCCGGGGUCUCCGCCGUGAUGCUGGGGAUGAGAAAGCCCUUCCAAACCAGCUCCGGAAUAGAAUGUAUCCAGCCUGCACCAGGACAUUGCUUAGAAAUCAAUAUGCCACAUGGGACUUUGUAUCCUCAUGGUGUGGAGAAGCUUCCAGAAUCCAAUAAAUACGUGACACUUCUCAGUUGAGGUGAGGGAAAGGGCAGAGUUCCUAGACAGUCCCGUCUUGCUGUUUCCCUGUGGUGACUGCUCCCUCUAGACAGUCCCCUCUUGCUGUUCCCUGUGGUGACUGCUCCCUCCAGUUAACGAGACCCUCUCAGGACAGGUGACGGCCUAAGUGACUCACUGCUCUUGAUUGCAUUGGUGGCUCUGCAGGACUGUAAUUUUUAUUUUGGUUACCCAUGAAAGAAGAAGGUGGUGUCUAAUAUAGGGAGAUUUGACGGGUGUCUCCCAUGGUCAGAAAGUAAAUUUCAAAGGAAGUGCAAGGAGCCCCUGUCCACCUGGCAGGCUCCUUCCUGGGUGCUGGGUUCCGGCCCAUCCCCUCCCUCCUGAGCUGUGGCUGGCUCCUGUGCUCUGCUUCCAUGUCUUCUGUUGCCUCGAUGAGGCUGCCUUUUGAAACAACAAGCUUUUUUGUAAAACCUGCUCCUUUAAGUGUAGUGUGGUAUCCUGGGGCAGGUCCUGGGACAGAAAACCUGGUGAGAUUCCAGGAGAGUCUGCAGUUCAGUUGCUGAGGUUAAUUUCUGUACCAAUGUUAAUUUCUUAGUUUUCGUAAAUGUGCCGUAGUUUUACAGAAUGUCAGUAUGGCAUCAUGAUGUCUGGGUGAAGGGCAUACAGGGACUCUCUUUGCAACUUUUCUGCAGAUCUCAGUUGCUUCAGAAUUUAAAACUGCUCCCAGAAGUCAUCAGCCAGUCACAUUCGGCGUGCAUGAGUCAGACAGACAAGUGCGCACAGAGCUGAAAAACAGCCAGUCUCGUAUUAGCAGAUGUGGCCGGCAAGAGGAAUGUGUUGCUCCCAUUCCUUUCUCUAAUAGAGUAAGUGUGAACAGAAGUCACUUCUGCUUAGUGGGAAAUACAGCAGAGGUAGGCCCAAGCAAAGCCUGAGUAAGAGGAUUUUUGUCCCCUGGCCCUGGGUGGAGUCAUUUGUGAAGACGGGGAGGUUUCCUCUGUGGAGUUUCUGCGGCAUCAUGUGGGAGGCCCAGUGGAGCUGUCAUGGCGCCUCUUCCUGGCUGGAGAGGGAAAUGGAUGCACCGUUGUUUCCUGAGCCCGAGAUGGAAUGGCAGGCUUGUAUCGGUGUUGCUGCAAGGACACAAAACAUGACCAGGGAAAAGCCCAGUGCUGCCCAGACUCGCUCACCCUUAGGAACACAGCAGGCAGUCCUCCUGGGCUGGCUGCACAGAAUGGGAGCCCCUUUCUGCCUCUCUAGGAAACCCCGUGGGCAGCAGGGACUGGCAGGUGUCAGGUGGCUGGUGGAGGAGGUGGGCCGCCUGCACGCCAUGGGCAACAGGGACGGGCAGGUGUCAGGUGGCUGGUGGAGGAGGUAGGCCACCUGCACGCAUGCUCCCUGCAUUGCCACAGGUCGUGGCAGUGGGAUUCAAAGUCACAGCCUCUCAGUGGCCGCAGCUUCUGUGUUUGUUAGGGACCGAGCAAGAGGCCCAGAAGGAGGAUGGUCAGUGGCCAGUGGCUGUUGCCCUGCAUGUUUGCCUGUCACCACCCUGCCAUUGAUAACCAGAAAUGGGAAGCAUGAGCAUAGCAGCCUCUGCCUGACCCCUGCCAGUUCUGCUCUGCACACCCUGUCUGCCCCUCCAGGCCUUAGUCCCUGGGAGAUAAGGACAGCCUGUCCCUUUCUAUCAGUGACCCGCAGUAGGUGUCACACACCUGCACGUGGCUGGAGCCUCUGUUCUUUGCAACUGAGUCCCAUUUCAGAGUAUAGCUAAAGUGUCUUCUCUACUGACAGCGUUUUUAAUCCUUUAGGAUCGAGGUUUAUAAGUCAUCAUCGAAACUCCUGUAGACUUGAAACAUUUGUCUUUGUCCACUUUUUGGUUUGUUUGUUUCUGUUUUUGGGACAGAGUCUUGCUCUGUCAUCCAGGCUGGAGUACAGUGACGCGAUCUUGGCUCACCGCAACCUCUGCCUCCUGGGUUCAAGCAAUUCUCCUGCCUAAGCCUCCUAAGUACCUGGGAUUACAGGCACGAGCCACCGUGCCCAGCUAAUUUAUAUAUUUUCAGUAGAGAUGGGGUUUCACCACAUUGGCCAGACUGGUCUCAAACUCCUGACCUCAGGUGACCCGCCUGCUUCCACCUCGCAAAGGGCUGGGAUUACAGGCAUGGGCCACCACGCCCUGCCAUCAUCCACUUUUUCUCCCCGAAGCAUGUCUUCCAUAGCUGACAGUGCUGCUCCCACGAUCCAACUUCAGGGCAUCUUGCAUUGGCCCUAGUGGAAUGAUUCCCAGGCACCUGUGUCUGCUGAAGGCCUGAAAUCCAGUGGGCCCUCAACAGAGCUUCUUACGUAAAUGAUGGCAGCUAGUUGGCAGCAAACCCUUUGGUUGAGGAGUGCAGUCAUGGAACUAUUACUGAAAGAUGAGAUUAAAAAUGUAUUUAUUCUUACUGUGGGUUUUUUCCCCAAGUUAACUGCUUUCUCCCACUGGAUGAAAACCAGCUGCAUGUGACGAUAAAGGAAGCAUGGAUCAGUCUAGGGAAGAUUUGCAUUUUUUCCUAGGGAUUGUUUCAGCCCCACCCAUAGAAUUCCUGCUUUGUUGCUUUUACCCAGUUCAGUGAUCUCCCAUGUGAGAAUUAGAGAAGAAUGUGUGUUUUUGAAUUUUGUGGACUGAUUAUCUGGUACCUGGUAAAUAUUAUGUAACAACAUUUUUCCGGCAUGUUGAGUAUUUUUGGAUCCCUGACUGUGGAGUGUUGGGACCCUGUGAGAACUGAGAAAGGCUUCUGUUCGUGCACAGAGUCAAACACACAUUCCCUGGGCUGCACCAAAAGCUGUGUUGGUCUCCAGAUUGGGUGAAAAGAAGGGGUCCCCUGGGAGAUUCUUUUCGGCAUCACCAGAACCAAACCUAAGAGAGCAUCCCUAGCAUUCUAGCAUCUCUGGAAGCAGCUAAAACUCUGUUGAGAAACACAGUAACUCCUGUUGGCUGUGCCACUGGUGCUGGGAACUGCUCUAAAUCAUGGAUGGUUCACAGAUGGGUAAACUGAGGCAUGUUCAGGAAGACACUUGGUAGGGUCAAUGGGAACAAAGUGCGGAGUGAAACCUAGGACUUGCCAAUUCUAAAACCUCUGCUCUUAGCCACUGGCUAGGUGAAUAACCCCAGCCACAGAAUAGAUAAGCACAGGUAAAAUAUGCCAAAUGUUGUAUAUGUAAAGUACAGAUAUAUACAUUACAUGUAGAAAAUAUAUUAUCAAUCUACAUGGAAUGUACAGAGAUAGAUGAUGGAGAUAAAGAAGACAACACACAUAUCACACACAUAUAUAUGUACCCUGUGCCCACACAGACAUGCAUGCAUGUACACACAUACAUGCACGCACAUACACACACAUGACCAUAGACACACACUUGCACACAUGGAUACACACUUGCACCCCACACAUGCAUACACACAGAUGCACAUGCAUGCACAUAUAGACACACACACAUAGACAGACACUUGCACCACACACAUACAGACACACAGAUGCACACAUGCACAUAGACACAGAUACAGACACACACUUGCACCACACACAGACACACAGAUGCACACACAUGCACAUAGACACACAUGCGUAGACACAUGUGCACCCACACACACAUACACACACAUGAACAUAGACACACGCAUAUACAGACACACACUUGCACCACACACAGACACAGAUGCACACACAUGCGCAUAGAUACACACAUGUACACAUGUUCAUGUAGACACAUGCACGUGCCUACAUAGACACACAUGCACAUGCAUACACCUGAACACACUUGCACCCUCCACAAACAUAUACAUAGACAUACAUGCGCAUAGAUACACAGAGACACACAUGUGCACCCCAUACACAUACAUAUAGAAACAUAUGCACACACACACGUUCAUGCAUGCACACAUACACACACACACACAGACACUUAGUCGGAGGAUGCUCCUAGUUUCUUUCUCCACAAGGGCAGCUGAGGCAGAAACAGACUAUGGAUGCCUCUUGGCAGUGGCAAACAGACCUGUUUCUUUAGGGUCCCUUUUGCAGAGAGGCUUGACAGAGGCACGAGGGGGACUGAGUAUCCUCAUGAACUCUGAAAAAUGAAGGCUAAGAUGUCUGUACUUGGGAGAGGUCCUUAAAGGAUGACCAGGAAAUAUGCGAGAGUGGGCAAAGGGACAGUGUCACUGCAGAACCCAGAGUCCUGCAGACACGAGCCCAACUAGCCCUCUCCAAGUCUGGCUUGAAACUCCAGGCCACUAAGGCAGACGCUGCUAAGGGAACAGGAGGGGCAAACACAGCUUUGUGUUUGGCUGUUGGAAAAUUGUUCUAGUUGUAAUUUAGAGAAAGAUUUACUGAGCUCCUAUGGGGCAAAAGAAACCUUCCUAAAAUUAUCUUAGCUGUACAGGAGACCCAGUGGACACUGCAGAGUGACAGCAGGAUUCCAUUUUCCCUGGACCAAUGCCAGCUUCCUUACGCUGGGUCUGUUCUCACUACCCUAUGUUCGUGCUGGUGUUUUUCAUGGAAGUCCCCAUGGGCUAACAGGAGGACAGGUGCAGUCUGUUAGAAAGAGGCUGAACCUGUGGGCUUGAGCGCAGCGACUGGAAAAAGUCACUUUUCCUUUCUGAGAAUGCUUGUCUUCAUCUGUCAACAGAAAUACUCAAAACUAUGUCCCAGGGUCACAGUGGGAUCUUUUAUGUGUCAUGUGUUCAUUAAAUGAACACGUCCAAUGCUACUAGGAAUAAUGGCCACUCGUGAGUUCUAGAAUAUUCAUCCUCCCAUGGAUUCGCGUCUGGGUCAGAGCAACAGCAAGCUAGGAACCGUGAAGUUUGACCAGGGCGUGUGUGUGUGUGCAUAUGUGCAUGUGUGUGUGCCUGUGUGCACAUGCAUGUGUGAGUGUGUGUGCACGCAUGUGUGAGAGCAUGUGUGUGCGUGCAUGCGUGUAUGCAUGUAUGUGUGGUGCAGGGUUGUCCAACCAUCUGACCCAACUUUAAAUUAAAUAUGUCGUCUGGGAUUAUCUGUGAUAAGAGAGCAACCUGCAGACGUUCACUAUUUGAGAGCCAGUUUAUCUAUUUGUUCCCUAUGAGACUUUCAGUACAAUCGAUUUCAUGUGCAACUAUGCUUAUCAGCAAGCGCCUGUAAGAGCCCCCACUCACCCUGCUCACAGGAAAUGUCAGGACUCAGGCAUGGGCCCCACAGGAAUAGGGCCAGCUGGGGUCUUGGGUUUGAAACUGCUUUUGCACUGCCUGGCCAGGUGAUGUUGCGAGAAUCUCAGCUCUUUACACUUUAGUUACAUUUCACUUACACUUUAGUUACAUUUAAACUGGGUUAAAAUAGUUCUUGCCUUAUGCAUGUGCUGGGAGGAGCAAGAAGAAAUUGGCAGUAGAGAGUUUAGCAAUCUUAGCAUUGUAGUGCUUGAUAAAUGCUAGUUAAUGUCUACCUGGCUUUAGGUUGUUGUUUUUCAAUAAAUGUGGGUCUUCAUCCUCAAUACCUAAAUAACGUGAAGCCACAUAAAGUUCAAGUCAACUAGAAUUACUGUUGGGAACCAUGGUCCCAGGACAGGAGGAAGUGGGCCAGUGGGACCGGCAGGUGGGGGAGCCCCGUGGGAGGAGGUUCUGGUCUUCACCAUUCUGGUGCCUAGAGUGCUAAGACCCUGCAGUGUCUUGGUGGCUGCGAGCAGGUGGCUGCUGAGUGAGAAGUGGUAGAGAGGUGCCUUCCUGAUGCUUGAGAUGGUUAUUUCCAUUUUCUUUAAGUUUGGUAGAUGUCAGCCAAAGGAAACAUUUUAAUAUUAAUUAAAGUUCAGUCAAGGUAUAACUAACUUAUUUCCAGAAGAAAUGGAAACACUUAUACACAAAGAACAAUUUGUUCAAAUAACUGAGACAGAAGUGUAAUUUAGCCAAGCAAGAAAACUCAAGAGGCUUUGGUUUGGCAACAUGAUAUAAAAAUGCAAAACAGGAUCUUGGGAGAUAAUUUCCUUCUUUUUUUUUUUUUUUUUUUGAGACAGAGUUUCCCUCUUGUUACCCAGGCUGGAGUGCAAUGGCGCGAUCUCGGCUCACUGCAGCCUCCGCCUCCUGGGUUCAGGCAAUUCUCCUGCCUCAGCCUCCCGAGUAGCUGGGAUUACAGGCACACACCACCAUGCCCAGCUAAUUUUUUGUAUUUUUAGUAGAGACAGGGUUUCACCUUGUUGACCAGGAUGGUCUUGAUCUUUUGACCUCGUGAUCCACCCGCCUCGGCCUCCCAAAGUGCUGGGAUUACAGGCUUGAACCACCACACCCGGCCAAGAUAAUUUCCUUCUUAAGAGACCAGGAAGAUUUCCCUCCAUACCAUUUCCUAGCAGGGCAACUACCUCUCAGGUUAGCAUGGAAAGGCCUCCCAGACUAGACUGUGCCCUCCGACACCCAGGUAAGUAAGGCCAAGGCAUGGAUCCCUCGGGAAGAUUCCAACUGCAAAUUCAGGAAAGAACGUGACCUCCUUCCCUUUCUUCCUUACUUGGUAAUUGUCCUAAUUGUAACAACCACCCAAGUUACGAUUCAAGACCAAGUAGGGACCUGAGGUGAUUUCCUUUCCCCUGUAAAUCCACCUUCCUUUCCUAGCGGUUCCCGACAUCUUUCAGCACUCCCUUCCCUUCCCCAAGACAGUCUUAGCUCAGACAGGAUUUCCUUCAUCUUAGUCAUCAGGUCUCAUUGUCCAGCCUCCUCCUUCCUGUUGUAAAACAAGGAAUCUUAACAGCAAGUAGGCCGAGAUUUUAUAUCUUUGUGAUAUGCCAAUCUCCUGCCAGUAUGUGCAGACAUCAGGUUUUCUUGUGCUGACCCACAUCAAGGUGCCAGAGGUUGGAAAAGUCAGGGCAUUUCUACCUAAGCCACAUGACACCCUGAGUCUCAGCUGUCUGCCUUGGCCUUCGUGAAUGUGUCUCUGUCUACCUGAGGGUUCUGGUUCUGGCACCCUGGGCUCUCCUUUGGCCAGGCGCAGCUGCACAACCCAGGAGCAGUCCUAACCCGUUACGUAAGGUGGCAAGGUGGAGCUGGUGGGUGGCACUGCCAGGUCACCUCUGGGCACUGGCUGACCCAGUCCUUGGCCCCCUACGGCAACCCCCUGCUGUGUGGGUGACACUCACACCUCCCCUGGGCUCCCAGUGCUGAGAUUUUUGGGCGAUUUCUCUGCUCUCCAACAAGAGUGGUUUGUUAUCUGCUUCUCACCUGAUUGGAAUUUAAUGGUCUAGAAACAAAUGAGUUAUUUCACUCAGGAGGGGGAAGGAAGUCAGAUUAGUCAUGCUGGCAAUUGAUAUUUUUUUUUAAUCCAAGAAUUCUUUACUUAAGGAGUAAAAGCAAUUAAGAACAGUACUGAAUCCUGCCUAGAAGUUCUAGAACAAGGAAUGGGAUGGUGCCAACAGAUACUUCAAGUAACUGGAAAGUUUAGUUCCCUCUGAACAGAGUCUAACUCUGAGGCCAUCUGCUUCUUCUUAUAUAAAAACAGAGCAGUGUCGCAAAGAAAAUCAAUGUAUUUAAUAGGAAAGCUCAUAGACAGAGUUCACCCAUUUUAAAGGCUGCCUUUUCUCCUUUUUAUAGCACCUUUCAAAGGCACCUCCUCUUUCAACACUGGGAGCUCAUCAGCGAGAGAGAACAAAAGGCCACACUGUUGGUUCAGGCAACAUUUUUGCCUUCAUGUUGAUUUUUCUUCCUCAUUGGGUUUAAUUAACUAGAGUCUCUAAGAAUAAACAGAAUAAACAGAAAAAAAGGCCUGUUACAUGGGCUUUUCUCAGCGUUUCACAUUAAAAAAAUGACCUUAGAUCUUUAUUUUUUCUAAAUACUUCAUGUGUUUAAAAACUAGGUAACUUUCCUGGGAUAAAAAAUAAAAUCUUGGCACAUUGUCAGCAUAUUACCUCCCUUACAAACACAGCAUUUGUAAAUCAACCAUCUGAAAAUAAUCUUAUUAAUGUUACGUCGUCUCAUAUAUGUGCGUAUUUAUAUAGUGUGCGUGUAUAUAUGUCUGUGUGUGUAUAUAUAUAUGUACAUGUCCACAGGGAGAGCGCAAACCUGUGUCCAUUUUUAAUACUUUUUCAUUGUUGUAAAUUGCGGUAAAACAUGCAUAACAUAAAAUUUACCAUGUUACCCAUGUUUAAGUGACAGUUCAGUGGCGUUAACUAUAUCACAUUCCUGUGCCACUAUCACCACUGUCCAUCUCCAGAACUUUCUCAUCAUCCCAAACAGAAAUUCCAUGUGCAUUAAAUAACUCUCCAUCCCAUCCUUCUCCCACCCUCUGUUAAUAUACUCUACCCUCUGUCACUGUGACUGCUCUAGGGGUCUCAUGUAAGUGGAAUCACGCAGUGUCUGUCCUUUCGUGACAAGCUUCUUUCUUUCAGUAACGUGCUUGUGUGAGUCCAUGUUCAUGCUGCUGAUAAAGACAUACCCGAGACUGGGCAAUUUACAAAAGAAAGAGGUUUAAUCCCCUUACAGUUCCAUGUGGCUGAGAAAGCCUCACAAUCAUGGCAGAAGGCCAGGAGAAGCAAGUCACCUCUUACAUGGAUGGCAGGAGGCAGAGAAAGACUGUGCCAGCAUGGGAAGUGCCAGAUGCUUAAAAACCAUCAGAUCUCAUGAGAACUCAUUAUUAUGAGAAGAAUAUGGGGGAACCACCCCCAUCAUUCAAUUAUCUCCACCUGGCCCCACCUUUGACAUGUGGGGAUUAUUACAAUUCAAGGUGAGAUUUGGGUGGGGACAGAGCCAAACCAUAUGAGUCCUGAAGGUAUAUCCAGUUACAGCACAGGGCAGAAUUUCCUUCCUUUAAACCUCAGUAACAUGGCUAUACUUCUAAAGCUCUUACUUUCAAACUCAGUUUAGUGUCCUUAGUUGACAGGUUUCAGUGGGUUAAUGUCAGGCAUUGCAAAUCAAACAGGUUUAGGAAAUGGCCUGUGAGACCCAGCUCCAGAUGAAGGGGCAGUGGGAAAGGGAGCCUGGGGCUGGCCUGCCUCUCUGCCCCUCGGAGGCCGCCUGCCUCUCUGUCCCUCGGAGGCCACCUGCCUAUGCCUCUCCUCUUGAUGUUUGUUUUGCUCUCUGGUAAAGGUUCACCACUCUUCCAAAGGAGGUUGGCUUGGGCUGCACUGAGCUGUUUUCCUCUGGGACAGGGAUGGGAAGCUGCCCAGGAAGAAACUGGGUGUCUGAGUGGGAAGCCAGUGAGCGAGGCCUGGGUUGCCCAUACAGGUGCAGGCAGCAGAGCUAGAACAGUUCCUAAAGCCCCAGAGUGCGUGAGAUUCCUCAGGAGGAGGAGAGGGGGUGGACACAUCGCGACAAGGGAAGAAGACAUAUGGGGAACCCUGGGAGGAGCUGUGAGCCCCAAAAGGAGGCUGUGGUCAGGGGCAGGCCUAGGUCUUCCCCAUGGCUUCACCAAACUGACAGUCACCAGCAUCCCCUCCUCCAGUAGCACCGGGGUCAGAAGAUGGAGGUGGAGACAGGGAGCCAGUGUCCACCUCUGGUCGCUGCCCUUCUCCUUCCCUGCUAGAGUUCAGGCUGCCGUGGGCUUGGGACUUGGCUUAUUCAUCACCAGGCCCUCCCACAGCACAGGGACCUUCACGUAGGUGCCAUAAGGAGUUCAUUAAAUAAACGUGUUACUUAACUCUUUCGCAGGAACCCUAAGAUAGUUAAGGUUUCUCUGUAAGGCAGCUGGCAGCAUGAUCAGAGGCUUCUGAGGCCACCCGAGACAGGUCAGCUGGAGCAGGAGGGCAGAUGCCCAAAGCAGGCUAACGAAGGGUGGGUUUCCAUCUCCUUUUUACAUUUCGAAGGGUUUGGCGUGACCCCCAGCACUGGCUGUCACAACCACCCCAGCCAAGGCACUGUUGCACAGUCUAGGAGGGGCAGGUGGACAAAGCUGUGGAUCCGCUGAGUCUAUGAAAACCUGUGGCUGAUUGAGGAGAGGCAUCAGUCCCCUGGAAGUCCAAACCGCAGGGGUGGGGGGCUACGUUUCCCCGAGUUCAAGGGUCUGCCCCACUGCCCUGCAUUCCUAUGACUGGACAUCAGAGGCCCACUCAUGACUCUGGAAUUUCUGUUGUGCCCUCUGUGGUCAGGGCGCUCUCACCAGGUGAUGCCCUGAUGCCUGGGGGGAGGAGAGCAUCCGCGGGCAGCCCCUCGCAGGAGAUGACAUCAGGCUUCGGGAUGAGGGCCUCCUGUGGAUUCCAGAUGCCCGUCUUGCUGUUUGCUCUUAUGUUUUUUGAGUUAGUCAUGCUAAGUAUGAUGUCUCUGUAAAACCUGCAGCUGAAGAGAAUGAGUCUGGGAAGCUGCGGGCUGGCCCACGGGCACCUCUCCUAGACAGGGAGAGCAUGUAGGAUCCCCAGCAGCAGCCUCCCCCACCUGCUGCCCGCAGUGUUGCAUACAAUGAGGGCAGCCACAGGUGAAGUAAGAAAAUUCCAAAGGAAAGGGGCUUCCUCUUCCCCACCACACCUAAGCACAGGCCUCAGGUGGCUCCCUGAGGACGGGGACCAAGCCAGGGGCACGCUGCCCCCAGUGCCCAGCUGGGCAUCUGCUGUAGCAGCUGGAGUCUCAGCCACACAAUAGACAGAGCUAGUGGGAGGAAAGAGAGAGGGAAAGGCAAGAUUCCUGGCCAGGACCGAAGCUAAGUGGUUUGGGGACUUUUUGUUCAGAAUCACAGCACAAAUCAUUAUGCUCAGUGCAAAGAGCAUGGCCCUCAAAAAUGUGCACCUUGGGUCAACUGAAGGUUCCUCUCUCAUUGGUUUCACUUGAUUAGAAUUACUGUCUAAAAACUACUGGGUAGACAGCAUUGGCUUAUCUGCAAAGUCAAACUAAUGCAAAAUAUGCUUCAACUGCAAGACAGAGUGCCAAACUAUUUCAAUUUCAUAGCAUGCUUCUUUUUUUCUUGAGCUUCAACCCAAAGGGAAGCCAGGCAUUUGGCCAGUGAGCAGUCUAUGAGCUGAGCUGUGCUUUUCUUCAGGGCAGGCAGUUUGGCCCGUGGCCUUCUUUGCACUCCCAGAAACUCAGCUUCAUGGACCUCAAGGGUAAGAAAGUGGAAGGUUGUCUGGUGGCCGAAACCACACAGUCCCUGGAUGUAGUGGUCACUGCCCACCAAUACCCACUGGUGGGUGAUAACUGGACUCACUCCUUGAGCUCUGUCCUGCUGGGCUCUUGAUGUUGAGGUCACUGGAGGAAGGAGCUUGCCUGGGAAGGGAGGUCUCUUUGCCUAAAUGCAUGAGAAAGCACAAUGGACACAAAGCCCAGUCCUGGCCGGGGGUCGGAAGAGAUGGGUCUGAACAGCACUGCCCCAGCUGGUGCACGUUUGACUCCGCCUACUUGGAUCAGGCAGGUCUGGGGUGCCUGGGACUCUGCAUUCCGAAUGCUACCAGGUGAUGGUGGUGCCACUGCCCAGGGGGCUGCAGUGAGCAGCAGGUCCUAGAAGACGGCCUCGGGAUUGUUUCUCCCUUGAAUGGUUGUUUUCUAGCAAUCAGAAAAAUGUGUAACCAGGGGCUUGCUGGCCCCUGGAAUCUCCCGCCAAUCUUUAAAUUGCCGUGAAGAUCACCCUAUACUUGCCUGCUGAUACAGGCAUGGUUUAGGAAUUGGGUAAGGGAAAGAUAAUUUUCAUCUAUUGGUUCUUCAGAAGCGUUGAGGAAUUUCUCAUUUGCAAAGCUCUCUGUCUUUUGACUUGUGGGACUGAGCCUUCCAGGACCCUGUCAUGUGAAAGAGCAGGUUUGACCCUGAGCAUAGCAAAAGCAGCCUUUCACAGGCACGAGGAUGGGGAGAAGGGGCAUCAUCACCAACUGGAUGAAAACGUAUGCAUCCCCCCAAAAAUGGGCUCUCUCACACCAUCCAUCUCAGCUCAGCCUUUUAACAAGGCUUAAGCCACAUGUACACAUCAUAAUAAUGGGAAAUCGAUACAUUUUUAAUAAGCAUUUAGAACCAAUAAUCAGAAACAGAAAGUGAGACUCAUGCUUCGUGGAGAGUUUAACCAAAGAUUUUUUUCUCUUUGGAAUGAAGUCGAAAGCACAUUUCCCCCGAACCUGUUACCUUCCUAAGCUGCUAAAGGCAGCCAUGUUUCUCCUGGAGUGAUACCUGGUUCUCCCUGGUGAUGGUCAGCCAUGCACUGAUGGGCUCUAGUUAAAACAUCUGUCAGUCAGAGUCCUUUGCAAAAUUUCAUGAAAGAAACCGCAUAUUAGAGAUAAAAAGCAAAGGUUAAGUCCCCAGAUAUAUCCUAGAAGUGUCUCCCAGGGAAAUCGUACUAGGAGAUCAGUGACCAGGGUAAAGGAUCCUGGGCUUGAACACGUUCUAAGGCUGCUUGGUCACCGGAGGCUUCUAACCCUCACAUCACGUUGGCCUUUCUGUCGUCUUCUCAGAUUCCGCGCCCUGGUAGGUGCUGCCCUUCCCUUCGGGACACGGAAGCUGCACUUUGCUUUCUGCAUUGUCAAGCAGGAGAAACGGGCACUCCCUGCGUUGUGAAUGUGUCCUGUUCCCAAAUUUCUUUUUUUUUUUUAAUUUUUUUAUUUUGAGAUGGAGUCUCACUCUGUCGCCCAGGCUGGAGUGCAGUGGCGAGAUCUCAGCUCACUGAAACUCCACCUCCUGGGUUCGAGCAAUUCUCCUGCCUCAGCCUCCCAAAUAGCUGUGACUACAGGCACCUGCUACCACGCCCAGUUAAUUUUUGGGGGGAUUUUUAGUAGAGACAGGGUUUCACCAUGUUGGCCAAGCUGAGGUCUUGAACUCCUGACCUCAAGUGAUCCUCCCACCUCAGCCUCUCAAAGUGCUGAAAUUACAGGCAUGAGCCACCAAGCCCAGCCCCGAAUUUCAUUUUAAGUCAUUUGCUCAGAACUCAGGUGGCACCUGCCCUUUGCCAAGGGGUGAGGAGCUUCCACCUCAGAGUUCAAGUCUGUCUGCAUCAGUCCCUGCGGAACCUGGGAGGAGAUCUGAAUUUUUUUUAUUGGAAAAUGCAUUCCCCGUGAGAUGAAUUUAUAAUCCUCCCUCAGCAAGUUGCUGGUAGAAAUAAAUUCCACAGUGUAUAUAAGGCACUUACCCACAGGUUCUGGCGUAAAAUAAACACCCAGUUCCUGCCCUUUCCCCUCUCCCCUCACCCACCUGAACCUCAGCCUCCUGUGUCCCUCUCCCUAGUGGCAGCUCAUAGCCUUCUGCUCCCCUGAGUCACUGCGUCUUGGCAGGGACUCCCCAGAGUGUUUCAAGACAGAGAUAGCUCUUCAGUCUCUCUUUCCCUCAGCAUGUCACAGGCCCCAGGAAUUGUGGAAACAGGCUGUUUGAGGACAUCUGUCAUUUGAGCUGUCACUCACCCCAGCAUACUGGGGCCCAUCUCAGGCCCUGCAGCCUUCAGGACGCGGUCACACAGAGGGGACAUGCUGGGCCCUUCCUGCUGCCCCUGCCUUAUCAGUGACUCCUCGUCUGGUGGGGAGGUGCCCAGUGGAACCCCCUACAUCCCAUCUAAUUCCUAAUCUGUUUCCAGCCUGUGGACAGCACAGCCUUCCCUUGAGUGUGGGGUUGGUUCCCAACAUCAGAGCAGCUCACAGGGUCUCAGAUGGCAGUCACCCGCCCGCUCAAGAACGUGACCACUUUGUGACCUGAAAGUCCGGAUCAAGGAUAGACAAUAAGCUUGGCUUCCUGAUAAGCCUGUUUAAUAUGUCCCCUCCUCUUAUCUCCAGGAGUUUUAAGUAAUAUUCAAUUAGAGUCACAACCCAGAUCCCUCUGCCCAUUUCCAGUACAUACCGCUCCUGCCCCGGCUCUGUGGAGCUAACCCAGGCCAGACUAUCCCCAGCACACACUCACCCCUGCACCAGCUCUAAGGUGUCAACCCAGGCCGGCCUGUUCCCAGCACACACUCACCCCUGUGCCAGCUCUAAGGUGUUAACCCAGGCCGGCCUGUCCCCAGCACACACUCACCCCUGCACCAGCUCUAAGGUGUUAACCCAGGCCGGCCUGUCCCCAGCACACACUCACCCCUGUGCCAGCUCUAAGGUGUUAACCCAGGCCGGCCUGUCCCCAGCACACACUCACCCCUGCACCAGCUCUAAGGUGUUAACCCAGGCCGGCCUGUCCCCAGCACACACUCACCCCUGCGCCAGCUCUAAGGUGUUAACCCAGGCUGUCCUGUCCCCAGCACAUACUCGCCCCUGCUCCAGCUCUAAGGUGCUGACCUAGGCUGGCCUGUCCCCAGCACACACACUCUCACAUCUGUUUCCUCCCUGGCUCAUGAUUCCCAGGGGGCCCCCACACCUGGAAUUUCAGUCUCACCAGUCACUCUGGUUGGGUUGUUUACCUCUCCACUGGCUUGCUUCCUGCCCUUCCCAAGGGUCCUCCCCGACCCCCCAGAGCUCAGCACGUACAAUCGCCCACUCUGGGUAUUUCAGACAAACUUCUCCUGGCAUCUGAGACCACAUUUGAUUCCAUCCAAAACACUAUCUGUGAUACCACCUGCACCACCCAACCAGCCCUCCCAGCAGGUCAAUCUCAGAAAUAUAGCCCUGCAUUUUACACUCCACUCUUGUCAUUAAAAGACCAGCAAUUGAAUGUGCUUUAUCGCGAUUCUCUUAAAUAGUCCCAGAUGGUUUUUAAGUGUUUGUCUUUCUAUAGUGAAGAGAUUGGGGGUGGGGUGUUGGGAAAACAAAGAAAUUCAGCUUGCAGUAGUCAGCUUGUGUUGUUUUAGGAGCGAAAUUCAUUCUGUGGGUGUCAGCGAAGCGUUAAAAUUCCCCCAACAGCUCCAGAGAAAUAGUUCUCCUGCUGCGGCCCACACCCCAGCUAAUGUUGUUUUCCUCCUUAGUUAAGGCAGUUGUCCUGAGCGAAGGAAGUUUUAGCACUUGCUCAAUCAUCUUUUAAAAGUUAACUCUUAAAGCAAAGUUGUCAUGAUAAACAGCUUUGCAAUUUCUUGGUCACAUACAGCAAAUGAUUCAUUUCUCAUAGUCUCAGUAGAGUCUAAGUAAUUUUCCUAAAAUUAUGUAGGAAACAGUUUUUUAAGUGAUGAAGUGAUGAACAGAACUAUUGACUCAAAAUCAUUUACCAUAAACCUCAUAAAUCAAGACUAAUCAUUCUGACUUUACAGUAAACUGUAGACAAGAAGGAACCGUCAAUUAAAUUAAUAUUCUGGAAAAGUUGGUCAGGAAUAUAAUCUGUUUAAGAAAAAAUCUUUGGCCGGGCGCGGUGGCUCACGCCUGUAAUACCAGCACUUUGCAAGGCCGAGGCGGGUGGAUCACGAGGUCAAGAGAUCAAGACCAUCCUGGUCAACAUGGUGAAACCCUGUCUCUACUAAAGAUACAAAAAAUUAGCUGGGCGUGGUGGCGCGUGCCUGUAAUCCCAGCUACUCAGGAGGCUGAGGCAGGAGAAUUGCCUGAACCCAGGAGGCAGAGGUUGCAGUGAACCGAGAUCGCGCCAUUGCACUCCAGCCUGGGUAACAAGAGCAAAACUCCGUCUCGGAGAGAAAAAAAAAAAGAAAAAAUCUUCUUAAGGAACUUCUGGAACACUUGUGGGCAAAAAUCAAACGUUCCUGAUAAAUGUUACGAAUUUGUUUGAUCUGUCCUGAAGAGCUCUGUUGGACGACCAUGCUUUCCUUGCUCAAUUGUUGGAAUCUUUAAAAAAAUCAGUUAAACAUUGUUUCUGUUUUCAAAUUUUUCCAAUUCAGAUUUUUUUUUCUGUUCAAUCUAAAUCUUUCCAACAUUAAAUAAAAUUAGGAAUAUUUUCCACUCAGGCUUAGCAUGGAAGAAGAGAGAACCCAGCAGGCAAGCUCACUGUUAGCUGACGCAGGUGAGGUGCAGGCUGAGAUAGGCGUCCAUCGAGCAUUGUCCUGUCUUUCUCUGUCUCAUCCCUUGGUUUCGAGAAAUAUGAAAAUAGAACAUUGCCCUUUUCAGAAGAGAUCGAUGGCACUGAUAAAUUUAGCCCAGUGGCUGCUGGGCACAUUUAAUUCAACGACUGUGUGGUGCCAAGGAUGGUAGAUAUGGACGUUGUUCUGUGAAGGACUCGUCCUAGACCAGCUGGCCCAGACUCCUGUGAAGCUGAGCCGGGGUCGCAGAGCAGACAGAGCCCGCCUGCCACCCAGCAGCAGGGCCUAGUGGAUCUGAGAUCCUGGCAGGUCCAAGACUGCCAUGGGGCCCUACUCCAUGGUAGUUGUGAUAAACUCAUGCUGUCAUCUAAUUCACUAACUAAAUCACUUUAGAUAUUAGAUCACUUUUUGAGAAAAUUACAUGACUCACUGUUUUUAAAAGCCUGUUUUGGAAAUGAGGAACAACCUUCUACCAGGCCAAAGCCCAUUGCACUUUGUAGAACUACAUUAUGGAACAAGCUUCAUACUUCUUUGAGGUUCCGGUAUUCUGGUGAAAAAUAAAUUCUUCUAUUUUAGCAUGAUGUGUUUCGAGCCAUAGUCAGAUAAGGAAAUAGAAAACACGCUCAUCUGAACAAAAUGAAGAAGUAGAUGAAUGGGAAAGUUUAGACCUUUAAGCAAGUCGCUUGUUACCUCAGUAUUUGGGGUACUGGAUUUUUUUAAUGCAAACGUUUUAAAAGAGAUGUUCGGGGCCGGGCACGGUGGCUCACGCCUGUAAUCCCAGCACUUUGGGAGGCCGAGGCGGGUGGAUUACGAGAGAUCAAGACCAUCCUGGUCAACAUGGUGAAACCCCAUCUCUACUAAAAAAAAAUGCAAAAAUUAGCUGGGCACGGUGGCACGUGCCUGUAAUCCCAGCUACUCAGGAGGCUGAGGCAGGGGAAUUGCCUGAACCCAGGAGGCAGAGGUUGCGGUGAGCCGAGAUCGCGCCAUUGCACUCCAGCCUGGGUAAUAAGAGCAAAACUCCGUCUCAAAAAAAAAAGAGACGCUCAUUUUGAAAUAAUGUGAGACACCACUGCAGUCACUCUUACAUUCUCAGUACACCUCUGAGACCAUCUACCACCCCACCAUCGCACGAACUCACCUUGAAUACGCACUUUAAGAGAAAACACACUUGCUGCAGUGGUUCUGGAGCUGGAGAAGGAAGAUGGAGCCAGCCCGCGGUGGGCAUCCUGCAGGGGAAGGUGUCUAAUUGUCCCUCGGUACCACAGAACAUUCCUACCUUCUUCCCUCAUGGUGGGUGUCUUAUAUUUGUUGUGGUUUCUUUGCUUUUGUCAAAGACAAGUUUCCUAAGUGUUAUCUCACUUCAUCCGCAUAGAAUCCUUGGAAAUAGAGGGCACAGGUGCGGUCAUACCAAGUGCAGACAAAGAAAAAUGCCAGUGGAGUAAAUAACAUGCCUGAGGGCUCUGGUUUGUGAAGAGCUGGUGUUGGGACCGUGACUUCCUUUUACUUAAAGCGUUUGUCCCAAGCGAAUUAGUCCAGGUCCACACAGCUCUGUCUGAAGUACUUCGGUGGAUGCAUCCAUCUGGUAUUCUCAGCCACCCCAGGAAAGAGGCAGAGGAAGGUUAUAACCAUGGUGCUGGCGGGAGGAGAGAAAAGCGCCCGGUGAUGGUGCGGCACACCCAGCAAAGUGCAUCGUUCCAGCGGGUGAAGGAGGAGAUGGUACACGCAGUGGAAUACGGUAUGAUGAAGCCAACUUCAUCUGUUUAAAGAGCAAAGCCAAGUGUGACAGAUUCAAUAAGUACAUGUCUUUUUUUUUUUUUUGCGACGGAGUUUUGCUCUUGUUACCCAGGCUGGAGUGCAAUGGCGCGAUCUUGGCUCACCGCAACCUCCGCCUCCUGGGUUCAAGCAAUUCUCCUGCCUUAGCCUCCCGAGUAGCUGGGAUUACAGGUGUGCACCACUAUAUCCAGCUAAUUUUUGCAUUUUUAGUAGAGACGGGGUUUCACCUGGUUGACCAGGAUGGUCUCAAUCUCUUGACCUCAUGAGCCACUGUGCCCGGCCAGUACAUGUCUUUAAGCUACCAAUUGAAUACUACGUGCAUUUUGUUUUUUGAUAAAUACAAAUUACUCUUCUGAAAAUUGGGAAGCGCUGAGACAGUUUUCUGCUGAAAGUUACAGAGACUGAGUUUUACCAUUGGGACUUGAGGCUUCCCAUGGCCCCCCCCUUUAACUGAGAGUAGAACUCGAUUUUGUUCUGCAAGUCACUCUCACAGCUGCAUGACUUCAUCUCAAGCAGGCUAAAUAAAGGAAUUUUUGGUAUUAUAACGGUCACUAAGCAGACAACUGACGUGUCAGCGAUUAGAAGGGGUAAGGUUUCAGGGCAAGUGUGGAAAGAUACUGCUGUAACAUGAUGUUUUACUUGGUGGCUUCAUUGUGUAGGUGGGUGGCGGGUCGGAAUGAAGCCAGGAGAUGUGGGGCGCAGGCGGGGGGACAGUCCCAGCUCCAGAGCUCUUCCCAUCCAGAAUGUCAGUCCGAUUGGGGCAAAUCCCCUGAAGUCUAUUGAAACGCCCCAUCUGCCUGUUCACAAUUCAUCUAAGCAACUCUGAAAAGAGGAUAAAACCUCCUCAGGCCAGUAUUUCUGGGACUCUGUUAUGGUUCAAAGCGGAGUGCAGCACUUUGUUUGUCCAAGUGUCCAGUGUCUGGCUACCUCUCCUCUUGAAAACGCCCCUCCGGUCCGCGGGGCACCAUGUGGUCCCCUGCCGGCGGUGCCUUCCCAGGCUGCACCUACAUGCAGCAGGACUGACUUGGCCUUCUCUUUUGAAUGAAAGACCUCCUACUAGAUACUUUUUGCUGAGAGCAAUUAGUUUCCAAAACAGCAAUUAAGAAGAGUUUUCUAGCAGUAACUGCCAGCCCCGAGUUGCCUGUUCUGACCUAUUUUGGCUGAGUGGUUCCUCUCUAAAUAGUUUGGUAAUCAGGCUGUUAGGCUGCUGGGGAGACGUCCCCCCCACAUUCCUCUAUGGUGUGUCUCCCGUCUUCCCGACCUCACCAUGCCAUUGCUACUCAUGAAAUACUGCUUAAAUAAACGCUGGGUGUUUUGAUUCUCUUCGGGUCAGUAAUAUUUUUUUCUUUCCAUGCAGCUUAAAAAAAAAAAAGUAAGAAAGGAAAUUUCCUGAUAUAAUUUUCUUCUAGAAAGAUCACAAUGCUCUUACCAUCCUCCAAAAACCAGCGUGAACAUUUUAUACUGGUCUUAAAAUAUGCAAAUAAAAUCGUGCGUCAGUACCGGGCCAUUGCACAGGACCGUGAAAGCCAUAUAUUACAGUUCAAUUACUUGAGAGUCAUUCAAAGUGGGGCAAGAACAAGAUUACUUGAUAGGUAGAAAACAUAUCCCAAAUCCCCGUAAUAUGUUUUCUGCAGUUGUUUUCCUUUGACGUAUCUGAGAUUUCCUUGCUGUUGGAAAGAGAGGAUGAGUCCUAAUGUCUCCAGCUUGUUCACCUCAACAGCGAUGAAAUCCUGCAGCCAGGAGGGCAGUCAGCCGCGGCUGCCUAGGCCCAUACACACUCAUGCCUGACUGUUGUUACUGCACUGCUGACUUCCAUGGUGCCAGGAGGUGGGGAAGGAGGUGCACUCACAGGCCCGAGAGUCCGUGGGAGGUGGGGAGAGUGAUGUGCUCACAGACACCCGGCAGCUUUUGAUUCAAAUCAUUCACAGCCACAAAGCCAAGUUCCUAAGACCAAGGGCAGUAGGAGAGAUGGGAGCGAGAUUCCAAACACCGACUCAAAGCAGCCAACACAAGAAUGUGCUAUCUUGUAUUUGCUGUCCCAGUGUUUGCCUUUCUCUGAUUCCUAGUGAGGUCAAGCACUUUUGUAGAGAUCUGCUGGCCAUUUGGAUAUUCUCUCCGUGAUCUGCCAGCUCCAGCCUUGUGCCCAUUUUUCUGCUGGGUGUCAGUGUCCAUUCGCACUUGGGAACUCUUCAUAUUCUCAGUACAGUCCUCCCUUUGGUUACUUGUCUUGCAAAGACCUUUUUGUCUCUGUGGCUUGUCUUCUCUGUCUUAAUGAUGCCCAACAAGCUGAUGCCUACAUUUUAUUGUCAUCCAAUUUAUCAAUAUUUUAUGGUUAGUGUUUUCCCAAAUUCAUUCAUUAAUUCUAAAUUUUGCAAUAGAUCUGUUGUGUUUUCUUCAUAUAAAAUCAUGUGAUCUGCAAAUAAUGAUGCUUUUACGUCUUUUUUGUCCUUAUCCUUUUUUCUUUUUUUGACUUACUAUAGUGUCUAGAAAUAGACUAGCAAUGUUGAAUCAAGAAAGGCUUAUUAGCCAAGUACACAUUAAGUAGACUUCACCAAAGUUUUGAUAUGCAUGUUGGAACCUACGUAAGCUAUUUGCAGAACCCAAGCUCACUUUUUAAAUCGUGGGAUCUCCGAAAGAGCUUUCUGGACCAUCUUUGAAUGGAAAGUGCCAUGGGAAACAAUUUUCGAAGUCCUCCUCGUCUUUAAUGAGGUUUUGGUCAGAGAUUCAACUGCAAGAGGGAUGUAAAGCAGGGAGGAAGUGACAGUGACAGUGACAGGUUCCUGCUUCUCCUGUUGCCGUGACGGACAGGGUGGCUCCCACACACAGCACCUUCUUCUACCGCAGUUUCUCCCUCUUCUCCCGUUUUGUCCUCCUGAGUUUGCCGGUUGAUGGUGGUGUGUGAUGUUCCUAAAAAAACAAGCACAGGCGGAUAGAAGAGAGAAGUUGGGCACACAGAAAUACGGCUUCCUGCAGACUUCACUGCGUUAACCUUUAAUACAGGAAUCCCCUUCUGUGUUUCUACCAUAUGUUGCCAUCCUUAAAAGUUCUACGUUGAGGCCAGGUGCGGUGGCUCACGCCUGUAAUCCUAGCACUUUGGGAGGCCGAGGCGGGUGGAUCACGAGGUCAAGAGAUCGAGACCAUCCUGGUCAACAUUAAACCCUGUCUCUACUAAAAAUACAAAAAAUUAGCUGGGCAUGGUGGCACGUGCCUGUAAUCCCAGCUACUCAGAAGGCUGAGGUGGGAGAAUUGCCUGAACCAAGGAGGUGGAGGUUGCGGUGAGCCGAGAUCGCGCCAUUGCACUCCAGCCUGGGUAGCAACAGUGAAACUCCGUCUCAAAAAAAAAAAAGUUCUAUGUUGAAAGGUGGCCAGGGAGUCCUUCCAGUAGUACCUGGCUUCCUUAGUAACCAGCUUGUCACCUAUGCAUACAUCCACAGUAUUCUCAAAUGCACACUUACUUUGAGGAAUGGUGAAGCUCACUGCUGAGCUCAGUCAAAGUCCUUCAUAACCUGAACACAUCGUGAUAUUUCUAGAAGCCCAAAUCCCCAUGAUGUAAGUCGUAUCUGAGCCAUCAAGCAGCAAGUGCUUGCGGCAUCCCAACCCCCUGAGUCCUUGCAGGCCGCCAGGCUUGCUACUGGAGAGGGUGGAGGGUGAGGGGCUGCAGCUGUGCCCACGGUCAGUCCCAUCAUGCUAAGGAGAUGUUCCUGACUGUGAAAGAAAACCACUGCUCCAGCCCUCUUUCCGACCUUGACUGAUGCCCCCUCCAGGGGUGUGGUGACCACCUGAAGGCCCCUGGCUCUGUCACUUGGAAAUGCGGCUCUUUGAACACUGCCUGCCUGGAGCUGUACCUCUCAUCAUCGGAGAAGGCCCACUACUUACUCUUCAUUAAUGAAAUCUGAGAUGCUUCCGCCUCCAUAUUCUUGGAAAACAUUAGGAGGUCUACUCCCCAUGUAGCCCCAAUGUCCUGGGACCUGGUGUCAAUUCCACAUCCCACCUGCUUCGUCCAAGCCAGGCCCUCCCAGCUGUUUGCUGUGACACUGAGAAGCAGCUUUGCUUUCUGCAAGGGGGUGUGUCCUGGUACCUCAGGGCUGCCUCUCCUCGCCCAUCCCUUCUCUAAUUCUCUUCACAGGGUGAUUUCUUGUAGCACUUUUUCUUCUCCAAACGUUGUGUAAGUUCCCUCAGAUGGCUCCUGACUGAGGUGUCCUCUGGCUACCGCCUGCUGAACCUGAGAUGGGAACAGGACCGUCCACAAGCUGCGUCCUGCUCCCACACCCCAGUCACGUACGACCUUUCCUGUCGGGACCCGACUGCCCCCUCUGCAAGUUGAACUCCUUGCCAUGUUUCUGUGCUUUUAUUCGGGGCCUUGGGCAGUCCCAUCUGUUUUGCUGUACAGUUACGAUGAUAAAUAAUAAGAGUUCCUGCCAUGUAUGACAAGUUCUUAUUACGAUCUAGGUCCCGGGCAAGGCACUUUACACGAGUGACCUCAGGUGACCUUUGCAUUAACCCUCUGAGAUAAGAACUGAUGUCAUCCUCAUCUCACAGACAGGGAAACUGAGUCUAGAAAGGCGGGGGCUGGCACUGUCCAUGCAGCCGAACUCCGGUGCUAGCCCCAUGCUCCUGCUGAGCUCGGCUGGAUGGUGGUGACCGUGCUUCCUUUGAGGGCGAGGGUCCCAUGACAGGAGCGACCUGUGUCCCAGGUGCCUGGACACAGCCUGAACACAGAGGCGUUUGAUAAAAAUGCACAACGUGAUGUGCGGUCAGUGCCUCUCUUUGGGGCUGAGUGGUGUAUGCCCUUAGGUUGGGCAGUAAAAAGGCCUUCUUGGGAGCCAUGACUCCUAGCCUAGAGAUUCAGCAGGACUGGCUCAGCUUUGUUUGUCUGUUCCUUUAUCAAGCACAGCGGAUGUGGCCCGCAUUAACCCGUUAUAAGCACCGCCACCAUCUGCAUGUCGCAAGUGCCUGCACAAGCCCUAAGGAUUCUGUCCCAGAGUCUCCCUUUAGAUUAGACCACAGAGUAGCUGUCUGCCUGCGGAGCAGAUCCAUGGCCACAUUCCAGGGAGAGUGUUCAUGCUCGUUUCUACUAAAAUCCAGCUUUCGCACCUGGGAGCUGGCUUCCGUUCCCAAGCAGAAACUCAUUCCAUUUCCUUCGUACCUAUCGUGGUCAUGGCACACUUAGUCAAGAUGUUUAUGAGCUGAACAUAUUUGCUUCUUACCAUGUGGAUUUAUAAUCUAAGCAACUUGGAAAAGCCUCCAUGCAGGAUUUUGUGGGACAGGUCAAGAAAAUUCCAGUGCUUUCUCAAGAACAAAUGUUAUGCAGCCAGGAUAUAAGAAUGCUUUUUUUAUGCAAAGCAUUUAGGAGUAUGGAGAAAUACUUGGUGUUAAAACAAAGUAAAGAUCCAAGAUUAUGUAGGAAGUGUAACCUGAGUUAUAUAGAGAGAAGUGCAAGAGAAAAGACCAGGGAGAGAUGCUGAAUGUCCCCUGCCUGGAGGAGGGCCGCUUCACCUCUCCGUCUGAUUCAGCACAGUCGGAUCCACACAGCCCGUCUUCAGUCCAGGGAGGAGGAAGAUAAGGAGCCAGGGGCCCAACUCCAGGUGACCUCAACUGUCUGUCUGUUCCUCACCUGAGCUGCUGCCCUGAUCCCUGGGCCUCUGCCCUCUGCAGAGGCUGACCCCCCAGCCUGUGUCACACUUCUCAUCCCUGGGCUUACCCUCGGCCCUCUGUGCUCAGGUGCAGGCCUUCAUGGGUCCUGUUAAUUGAUCCUGUGGCUGGGAGUCCACUGGCCUCCUCUGGAGCAGGAGCCCACUGGGGCCCCACUGCCUGCAACUGUGUCUCCAACACAGGCAACCCCUGAGUUCUCUUUGUAGCACUUCAGCGGAGGUUCCUGAAGUGGUCUGGCUGUGUCCCCACCCAAAUCUCAUCUUGAAUUGUUGCUCCCUUAAUUCCCACAUGUUUUGAGAGGGACCUGAUGGGAGGUAAUUGAAUCAUGGGGGCGGUUUCCCCCAUACUGUUCUUAUGGUAGAGUAAGUCUCACGAGAUCUGAUGGUUUUAUAAGGGGAAACCCCUUUCACUUGGCUCCUGUUCUCUUUUGCCUGCCGCCAUGUAAGACAUGCCUUUUGCCUUCUGCCAUGAUUGUGAGGCCUCCCCAGCCACAUGGAAUUGUGUCCUUUAAACCUCUUUUUCUUUAUAAAUAACCCAAAUGACCCAGUCUUGCCUAUGUCUUUAUCAGCACUGUGAAAAUGGACUAAUACAGCUCCCUUGGUGUCCAAAGUGGUGACCAAGCUGCAGUUUCUGGUCCCAAUGUGCACACUGGCUGAUCCAGACCCAUCACAUGCCAGGGCUUGGCCACCCAUCUCCAAGGUGGUGACAUUUUACUCUCAAAAUGAGGAAGAUAAAAUUCUGGGUUCAAAUUUAUAUGAUGCCUUUCUUCUAUGGAGUUUAAACUACUUCACAUACACUAUUUCAGUAUCUUCAUGCUGCGUUUGUGAAGCAGGGGUGGGAAACAGGCAGCUGAGGCACAUGCUGUUCAAAGUCUCCACGAGAUCCUGGAAGUCUGCUCCCCUGUAGUGUGCUUUGCAAAAAGAAGACUCUCGUGAGCUUGUUAGCAAUGCAGACUCAUCCAGUCUCCUGUGGACAGCCACCAUGUCACUUCUAACCACCUUCCACUCAGAGCUGACACGUGUGAAAAUAAAAACUACAAACAUUUGCCUCGAUGUAUCUUCUUGGGAGUUUUUUGAUUUUUAACUUUCUUUGGUCUCAGCUAUUUUGAACUAUUUUCUCUGCUGCUCUAGCACACUGAAGCAGGGAAUUAAUGAAGAGCAGGCCAUUUCCUCUUUUCCUGGAAAAUGUUCUGAUGGCUGUCUUUGAUAACAUGUCUGAUUGUGUCAAGCAUAACCGAUUUUUCAUGAACACUCCGGGAAUCAUAAUGGCACUGCUCUCGGAAAGUUGAAUACAAUGGUGCUUUUCAUGAAAAUAGAUGAAUUUUUAAGAAAUGGGAAGUGAAUAUCAAAAUGAAGUUGAACAAGUAGGUUUUUAUAGGGUCCAUAAAACAAAAUGCAUCUCAGAAGAGGCCUGGGAAGUGGGGUAACAAUAGCUGCCAUUUGAGGAGGGCUCCUGCACACUGCCCAGGGCUGGGCCUGCUUUCUGAUCCCUGCCACGACCUGGCCUCAUUUUAUCUGUAAAGGACUAUGUCGUGGAGAAAAGAGUUAAACAUACCAUUGUUCUCUUUCCUGGGGAAAAGGGGUCCCUUUUUUUCUGCAUCAGGGUUUGCUGGAGGAAUAUCGGAGGCAGGACAUGGACCUCAGGGGUGGCAAGCGGCUUAUCUGGGAGCUUCCUUCCCGAAGAUGUUUGAAUGUAUUAUUCACAGAGCCUUGGCCCCAGAGCCUUCUUCCUGAAGCUUUGGCUGGUCAGCAGCAAAGCUGUUUGGAAGCCUCCAGCAGAGGCAGUUCGUCCUCUGCUCCCUCUGAAGCAGUUCAUGGGAAGAGUCAUUGCAUUCUCUAGCAUUCACUCCACAGCAUCCAUUCCCAGGCGGCCUGGGUUACCUCUGUGUUCCUUCAUGGGGCGCGCACACCGGUUCCUAUACAGGUUACAUCAGAAGUUCCCAGGUGCUGCUCUGGGUGCCGCACUGGUUAGCAGUGCCAUUUUCAGUGUUCCCAGGAUCAAUGAGGGGAAAUAAGGAAAAGAGGCUACACUUGUGUGUGGGUGCUGCUGCUGUUUUGUACACACAGGAUGUAUAAUAUAUGCUCAGUGCAUUAGAUCCCUAAGCCUGUCGGGCAGUGACAGAUGCAGUCCUGUCACUCUGAAUCCGAAGUUCUGGAGUGGGGUACGGGCGCCAGAAGUUUCAGAAACACCCGGCAAGAUGCUGAUCACCAGCUGAGUUUGGAAACCGCUUGCCGGGUUCAGAGCCCAAUCUUUUCCCGUGCAGUCACUGCUCGGUCUUAACAGAAUAUUCUGUUGAGAACACUGUACCCUGUAUGAAAGACACUGGACCCUGUUGUUUGUGAUCAUAAACGUAAGAUUUAAAAUGGGUUGUCCUAACCAGUAAGUGCCAGCGAGGACUCAACAGCUGACGGACAGGGGAGUCCAGAGUGAUGGGCGCAGGAAGUGGUCCAGCAGCAUCUGCCAGGGCUGGAAGCUGUUGCCAGGCUCGAGCCAGAGCAGCAUGGGCAGGGAGCCCCGAUAGGGAGUGGAAGUGAGAUUGGACCAGCGUUGAGGGCGGAUGUGCUGGUAGUGGGGUCAGAGAGGGUUGCCUUGGAAUUCACAAAGCAUGGUCCAUGGUCAGUCCAGGGACUCUUGAAGGCUUAGGCUCAUGUCCCCGCUUAGCCACACUCUUGCUAUCCAGAAGUUCCUACUCCACUGCUGACCGAAAGUAGCCUCCGACACGGUGCUGGAGGCUCUACGCAUCUGAAGUCUGCCUGUCCCAGGGAAGUCCCUGCAGCAGGUUCUGCUGUGUGUGCCUGUGUCCCCAAGACAUUUCUCAGGACGGCUUUGGGAAAAGCAAACACUUUUUAACUGUCAAAAAUAAAGAGAGCAUGGAUACUUGUGAAGAUUACAUGUAGCCCACUAAGUGAGCACGCUUCAAAAGUAAACAGCACGGUACCAAAAUCUUGAAGUUCCUGCUCCUGGUGCUUUGUGGGUUAAGGAGGCUGCGUGCAGCUCACUGGGAUCCUAAGCUGAUCUGCAAACUCGAUCUUUUCGUGAUCCCUUGUUGAGUCAGUUUUAUGUGCAUUUUAUUAGAUUCUAUAAAUACUUCACUAGUUGAUUCUAAUAUUUAGAAAAAUAAUGUCUUCCAUUGAUUUAAAAGAGGACUUCUGUUAAGACUGAGCGGUGACUGCAUGGGAAGAGAUUGGGCUCUGAACCCUAGCAAGGCUCUGAUGGUGACUGUCACCAUGAGCUGGCAAAAAGAGCAAAAACGCAAUGAAAAUGGUGAGAGAGAGACAGGCACAGUUACUGAGUCAUGUGGCCAACUCUUAAAACUAGGGGAAAAGACACGGAAAACGUUGUGGGGCUGGGGGGGGCGUAAAAUGCUCCCCCUGAAGAGCACUGAGGCUCCAGGGAGCCCUCUGAACCCAGAUAAUUCUACUAGAGCAGGAGGGAGCUGGCCUGGGCCUUCCCAGUUAGCACUGGCUGCAAACACUGUCCCUCUGCUGAGAAGCUAAACCCGGGACCCCAGGGAUGGUUUAUCUGGAAGAUUAGGGGAGCCAAGGCAAUCCAGCCAUCUCCGCAGCUGGGAAAAGGAGUGAUUGUUUUUUUGAGCUGCUAGCCUGGAUCUGCAGGGGGAAAGAAUGCCUUGUUUCUGUCCCCUGAAGACACAAGCUGAAAAAAUGUCUGGCUGCUCUUCCCCGCCCUCCCAGGUUCGCUCCCACAGCCAAGACCGCCUGGCUGCUGCCCUGAAGCUGGAGGUCACAGGCAUGUGUAAUAAGAAGCUCGGGGUUUUGUUUGGGGCUUUGUUUUGUUUUCUUAAGUAUCUGCAGGACAAUGUUUGGAAGAGCCAUAUGCCCCAUAAAAGGAAGAAAGUGGUACUCUGGGAUUGUAAUCAGGGACUGUGGCUGGCAGUUACGCCUCUGCCUUCAGUACUGCAGGCCCAGGCCUUCCGCGGACGGUCCCUAACAUCCUUACUGGAGACCAUGGGGCCAGUUCUUUCAGAAAGUUUUUUCAAGUUAUCAUCUUGUAAGAACAGAGAUGAACCUCAGAGAUGAAGAGAGUGAUGGAGCGCAGAGAAAAUUCAGUUACUUGAUGCUAAAUGGGCCAAACGGGCGGAUUUCUUUUACCUUUUAUGCAGAAAACCAUCAUUUAGUGAAAAAGGACUGAAUUCUGAUAGACGGCAGGUGUGGGAGGGGCAGCAGGUCAUCGCAGCAGCACCACGAUGAGGUUCCCGGAUGGAGGAGGGUCAGCGGUGCUUGCAUAUUACCUAGGGAAGUUACCUAGAAUCUCUGUAGCGUCCACUUUUCAUGGGAGGAAUAUCAUGGGAACUGGGGUCCCUGACCCCAGAUGCCUGAUUGGUCAGUCUCAAAUGAGUUUAAUGCCUCUGAUCCAAUUGUGAGGACCUAGCCAGAGAGAGUGCCCGUCAGCCUCGGCUCCCAGUGGCACAGCCUCUUUCUCUACAAGCCUCAGAUUUAGGGGAAAAAACAAAACAAAAACAGAGUCAAAAGUAGGUCUUCUUUAAUCCAAGACUGGGAUCUCCCAGAAUCAAUCAUCUUGCCCAACUUCUCCAGUUCUGGAAAUCUGAUCUUUGAACCUGGUGUCCUCAAUCUUACCACAAUACCUGGGACCGUAAUAGAUGCUCAGUAAACUUGGUGGGAGGAGAAUCAGUGAAGGAAGCAAAGUAGAGGUGCUGGGUCCUGAGGAGUCGCUGGUCUGGACCAUCCAAAUGAUGGCAGUCUGUGGCACUUGAGAAGCAUUCCAGAAACGCAACAGUGGCACUCAAUGAAGCUGUAUAAACUCAUAAAGUAUCCUGGAACUAACCCGGUAUCGAACAGUAACGCUAUUUACACUGAUUGGAAGAAGGUUCAUGCUGGUGGUUUAUGGUGUUGUCAGCAUGGCUUGAAUCCUUGAGAGUGGGUGACAAGUAGAGUGGAUAAUAAAUGGGCCCCCUGGUUCGCAGAGCCUGAGAACCUCUGUUCCGAUGGUGCCCCUGCAGCCCGCUCUAAGAGGACAAUUUACUGUAGCCUCAGAUACGGCCACAGCCCUCAUCGAAGCUGGAUACAAAUACAGCAAAUCCACCUUUGCAAAGACUUCAUUCUAAAGAUGGAAAAGAAAGAUAAAGGGAAAGGAUGAGAAGAUUUGAGAGGGUGAAAGUGUGAAAAAAAAUGUUUAAGGUUCAUCCCCUCUGAAGGGUGCUUCUCCCAGCCCAGGGACAGGAGGGUCCAGUCCUUCAGGACUGCUGCAGAAGAAAGGAGAGCAGCCCUGUAGCUCAUGAAGGCAUCACGAGGCACGAAGAACUGCACAGGGACAGAGAGUCUUUAAAAGGUCUCAAGGUCCCUCUGUGUCUUUGGCUGUUAAGUUGCCCAAGAGCAAACCCCAGCUUCUCACUGGCUCUCGGCUCGGCAGGUGUGUGUGACCCACGGGUCCUCUCAGCAUGUUUUCAGCCUUGCCAUUGUGGGGACUUCAGAGGACUCUGCUCCUUUCUGACUUGUGUUUGGGCGUCUGUGAGUUGCUACCAACAGGAGGAGGAGGAUCGUCUAUUAAGGGAAAAGAUUUCAGUGACCUGGCAGAAGGGAGCGUCAUCGGUGUUUGACUGUUUAUGGUAUGUCAGGGAGCUGGUUCCUGGCAGUGGCUUCCCCGGGGCUGGGGAGGGGUGUGCUGGGGUGACAGGAAGACUGAAUCACGACAGAGAAGGGAAAGAAGCCCGCCCUCCACUUCUGGCAUUCACUGAGAGGGGCCGUGGCAAGCGCUGCCUUCGCAUCGGAACCCCAUUUUAAAACACGUCCAAGCGCGUGGCAUGAGUGGGGCGAGGGGCUUCUCUCGGGUGGAGUGUCAGACCCACACCGCUCUGCACAAACUCUGUGUUCCCUGCCGUCUCUCAUGAUUCCACCCAUAGCCAGGAAUUCCAGCUGCUGGGCGUCCAUCCCUAUGGAGCCAUGACUAAGUGUGGCUGUGGGGCUCCCUGAUGAGCAUCAGGUUAGGGGAACAAUGUCUACAAAGUCUGUGGCUGAUUAGAUGUUACGGAUUUGCUGUUCAGGGCUGCUGGCUUCUGCCACCGGCUUGUCUUCUCCCAAGGGCCAGCGGCCUGCCUGUUGGCUCUUAGAUCUUUAGCACUUAGCAGACUCUCAGAAGUGUUUUCUGGAGGACGUUCCAUGGGGAGGGUCCACUGCACUGAUGAAAACAACUCCACUUUCAGAGGAGCAGAGCGGGAGCCUCAGGUGUGCGUAACGGGACACCGGAUCUCGAGGCGCCAGCCUGAGUUGCUGUGUCAGGACUGGCUCUUCACUUCUCCAUCUGGAGGUGUUUCUGCUUUAUCAGUUGCUCCCUGUUUCCAGCUCCAUCUCGCUGCCAGAGGGCCGAUGUUUCCUGGCUUUUGUCGCACUGUGGCACAGAGUCUGUUUUGAAAGGACAGGAGCAUAAUAAAAGCGGAUACGAAAGCAGGGCCCCAUGACAUCACGGAGAAUAUGGGAGGAAGUUCACGCUUAUGGAUGUUUAUCAUCUCAGCAUGUUAGUUGUUUGCAAUAUGAUAAGAGUACUUUUGAUACACAGGGGACUGCAGGCCUUGUUGCUUAGACAGGACUUAGGAAUUUUUAUCUUAAGCUCAUAGUGACAAACAGAGAAUGGGGUUCUUGGCCUGGAUCCCAAGUGACCUUGGCUUAUUGGUUGACUCUGGGUACAAGGUUCAGCAUAGUUGAGCCAUUUAAAUUGUGCCUAUGCCAGCUACUCACUGAAUUUUUAAAAAGAAAGAGAAUAAAGAAAGCUAAGAAUUCAACACAGUAGAGAUGAAUUAACCUACUAAAUUUUUCCUUUCAAAAUCUUACUUCAGAGAAAUUGAUAGUACAUAGAACUUAGCAUUAAAUUAAGACCUCUUUAACGUUAAUUCUGUAAGCCGUAUAGGGUCAGCAUUAUCUGCAUGCUAACUGAAUGAGAAUUCUAAGGCUGAGCACAGUGACUCAUGCCUGUAAUCCCAGAACUUUGGGAGGCUGAGGCAGGUGGAUCACAUGGUCAGGAGUUCGAAACCAGUCUGACCAACAUGGUGAAACUCCAUCUCUACUAAAACUACAAAAGAAAAUUAGCCAGGUGUGGUGGCAUGUGCCUGUAAUCCUAGCUACUCAGGAGGCUGAGACAGGAGAAUCGCUUGAAUCCAGGAGUCGGAGGUUACAGUGAGCAGAGACCACGCCACUGCACUCCAACCUGGGCAACAGAGCAAGACUCCAUCUCAAAAAAAAAAAAAAGAGAGAGAGAGAGAAUCCUAAAACAUGCAAGUAUCUCCAUACACAGCAACCUCCUUGAACAAUGCCAGUGUUGACACCUUCCGUUCUCUAGGUCUCAUCACGAGAUGGGAUACAGCAGCAUCUUCCUCCACUAGGGGAAGACGAUAAACUCAGGUUAAGAACAUGGCCCACGGAUGCUGGGUACUUCCUGCUGGGGGCCGGGCAUGUCCUCAGCUCUUCCCAUGGGUUAAAAUCUCCUUAUAUUCUAACAGCAACCCCAGGAGGUAGAAACAGUAGGUUCUACCCAUUUUUUAAAUGAGGACACUGCAGGGCACGUGGGGUGAGCAUUCCUCACAGGACCACCUCCCCAAAACGCCAGGCUGGAGCCCCGGCAUCCUUGGUCCAAAGCAAAUCAAGUUCCUCCCUAACACAGUGCCAUUCAGAGCAAGCCAAAUCCGCUGCACUGGAGACCCGCACACCCAGCUGGAAGCUUGGGGUAAGGGAAAGGCACCAGACAGGAUUAUGGCACUCUGGAGCCCAGGAAGAACCCAUCUUCUUGCAAACACUCCAGAUUAAGCAUUAAAACGAUAGAAAAAUAACUGUCUUCAUGCACUAGUAUAGGAGAGUAGGGCAGAACUGGCUCCUAAAAGUCCACACUCAGGACAAACACUCUAAAAAUAGUGCUCAAACCUAAAAAUGUGUUCAUGCUAAUUCCAAAUAAGCCUCAUCAACAGAAGUUAGCAUCCAAAAGUUGGUCUAACCUAGUCCACAUGCAGUCUUCGGAGGCUUAUACUGCAGUGACUGUCUGUGUGGUCUCCGUGCAUCAAACACAAGAAUCAAAAGCCCAAUGGCCUUCUGAGGGGCAGAGAGGAAUUGGAUUAAAAAUCCACUGUUGGAAUUUCCAGGUGGAUAAUCCACUCCUAAAUAACGGCGUGCUGCCUGUACCCAUCUGUACGCAAUGGGCGCUCCUCUGCUGGCCCCAGGAACAGGCGUCUGCUGUGACUUAGAGCAGAUUGUAUGCACAGACAUUCUUCCAGGCAAAUAAAAAACUACUGAGUGUGAGUUCACAGCAAAGGCAUCCUCAAUCCCUGCUGAGGUGGGAAGGCAAAGGUAUACGCCAUCUGAAAGCUGGCAGGUGUGAUUCAAUUUUCAGCGUACCUCCAGGAGAAAGGGCAGGGCAGAAAUUCAGAAAUUCUAAUCCAGAAGCCAGACCAGCAAGGAGAUAAAAUGGCUGUCGCGUGGGUGUGGUGUUGCCCAUGGCCUCAAAACCCCUGGGACUUUGAUGGUCAAGUUUGCAAAGGUAAAGCUGAGGCACCUGAGGCCGAGCCUGCCCGGGCGGCUCAGUGCCGCUCUCUGCGUGCCAAAGCAAACGGGGACCUUCCUUGCCUAGACCAGUCUUCAUCAGCCAGAACAGAAAUCUUAUUGUAUUCUGAAAAAGGAUUGCUGGAUCUCUUUCAUUCCAUGCUUUUCAGAUUUUUUUUUCUCCCAAAUUUAGCACAGAAAGCAGAUUUUGGACAGAACUCUUAAACCGAACAUACUUCCUUCUGGAAUAAAUAGCUUCAAGAGAUGGAUCCACUUUGUUUCUUACAAACGGUGCUAAUGUUUACCUUAGACCUAUAUGCCAACACUAACAACACACACAUUUUCAUUCACUGCCAAAGGAUACCAAGAACUGGCAUGCCGUAUAAAUAAUUAAAAUUUAGUGUGGAUAACGUGUGAGGUAAUCCUUACAUUAGAUGAUGUCUCGGUGGACUGUCUCUCCCUAACUGAACAGAACAAAAAAACAUAGCUCAUAAAUAUGUAAGGGCAUUUAUUUGAAAUGUAGCACAUGAAACGCUUUACUAUGUGUGCGCUUGUAAGCCUGAACACUCACUUCUAGUCAUGAUUCCAUUGGUGGCCUCUUGAACAAGUGUUAAAAGCUGCUUGUCACUUGCUCUUCUCAACACGGAGACUGAACAAAAUCCCUAAGGCUAUUAAAAGGAUGACAUGAUGACAAAUAGCCUUCAUAAAAGAUCAUCUUUCAUGUGGCCCGUGCUCUUACUAGUUAUUUGGUGAGAACAUUGACAUUUAAGUGAGUAGUAAAUGAGAGGAUAUUGAAGUAGGCUGUUUGUUACAGCGCCUCUCCUCUAACUCGUACUUGCCAAUAGGCCAUUGGAGCAGAAGAGAAUGAUGUCAGCGUGGAAUGGAAGUCAUGUUAGUUCAUGGAUGACGUUUUUCCCAGCAUGAUGUUUGCACCUCUGAGGAACAGGGUAGCUGAAGGGGAAGUAAAUGAAUACGUGUCAGCACAGCAAACUGUCAGGGAACAGAACUCUUCACAAGACCCCAAGGCCCCAGUGUUCUCUCUCCUGCCUCACAGAGGUGCACCCUCUGCUUAGAAGGGCUUUCUGCACGGUUCCUUCAUUAUGUGGUCAUCCUGUCCUUGCUCUUUUUAAUGUGACAGUCUGAGCACUUCCUUACACUGCCUUCUAUGAAACGAUGCUGUCACUUUUCUUUAAGAUAAAGUGCUUUACUGACUGCAGUAUUUCUUUAUUUGGGAAGUUAACACGCCUAUUAAACUGUGCUAUUAUUUUUAUUAGGGUUGUUACCAUUUUAUUAAGGCCCUACUUACAAAGUUGUGUCGGUAUUGAGCGGUCUGCCUGGCUCUCUUUUUCCCAUGGAGCUUGUUGGUUUGCUGUGUGGUAUUGCAGAGUGUGAGGAUUUUUCAGAAACUGUCAUAUGCUGUGUCACAGCAGAAAUGCCUGUUCCUAAAAAGAGUGGGUGGGAGGAGAUGUGAAUCAAUAUGAUUUGACUUUCUUCUUCCCAAGGUGAGUGGCUAGUGUGUUUGAGUGGGUCUCGGCUGCACUGAGAGGGAAGGGGAGGGUGUGGAGGACGUUCCAAGCUGAAGGAACGGUGUGUACAAAAGCAACUUCUUUGUGGAGGAUGGAGCCCCAGAGGUGUUCACGCUCGAUGCAUUGAAAAUCCUCACAUUCCAUCAGUGUGUAAAAUGUGUGAUUAAGCAUUCAGCUGUAGUUGAAAGGAAGAGACUUUGAAAGUGGAGAGAACAGUGAAUGCAGGGGAGCAGGACCCCUGUCAGUGGGCCUCAGGAGAAGCAAAGCUGGCUGGUCCUGGGAAGCACUGGGGUGGAGAAAUCAGAGGUCAUCAGAUGCUGGCUCCACACCCUCACCUUCCCUGUCGGUGCAGCUGAGACCCACUCAAACACACCAGCCACUCACCUUGGGAAGAAGAAAGUCAAACUCACAUUGAGUUUGACUUUCCCACCCAUUCUUCUUAACCCGAUGUGGACUCUCAACUAAAGGGUUAAUAUCAGAAGCACCCACCUAGCUAAGUACCCACCUUGCCAGUCAUCAGUGGUUGACGAAGACAUGAAGGGUGGCAAUUUAUAUUAAGUGUGGAGAAGGACAGGGGACAAGGGAAGGUGGUUUCUGGCAGUUGGCCCAUCGACAGACGCCCUGCUGCUGUGAGGGACAGAAGUCCCGUGAUGCAGAUAGCAACACCCAGGCCCCCAUCUUGUUCCAUCUCAGCUGUGCCUGUGCAGGGGAACCUGAGCACAGGGGACCACCUUCUGCAAGGUAGCUGGGUACGUGUUGGUUCUCAGGAUAGUGCUGGCUGUGUGUCCACUUCACGAUGACAUCAAGAAGAUGGGCUUUGAGAUGCUGUCUGCCCCCAGCUCCAGGGUGCUGCUGACACAUCCAGUACCCUGGGCUGCCUCUGUCACCCUCACAACCUGGGGGCCAGGGGCCAGGAGUGCAGGCCAGUGAGAGGCGAUUUUGGAAAUGCGGAGCUUCUUGAGGGUUGGUGGGGACCUGAAGGAGCAGCCUCAAAAUACUUGAAAGAGAACUCUCUCUCACUUGAGGCUUUUGAGGAGUUGUUUCAGCUGUAACUCAAAGCCUUGGGAAUCCCAGGCAGGAAGUCGUGUAAGAUUAACUUUCGGAAUCAAGUGAGUAAGACCCUAUUCCAAGGAGAGUUUAGCCAUGAAUUCGUAAAUGUAUCUAAAUUGCAAUGAAAAUAAAUCUCAGCAGUCUUAGCCAUUGAUCUGUGGUAGCCAUAGACAAUAUAAGGGGCAGUGGCUAUGACGGGGUGAUGGAACAGAUUUCGGGAAGUAACUCGGAGUGACAAGUCAGGGACACCAGAACUCUAAUGGCCAAGACAUUCGAAGACAGGCAAGGAAACCUUCAAAUGCAGGUAACUCCUACUUCAACGGGACACCCUCCAGUGCUCCGAGACGGAAAUUGCCUGCCUUUCAGUGCCCCAUUCUGCGGCUCCAGCGCCCUGCUAUAUGCCCACUAAGAAGGCUGCUUGUCACAUGUGCUGCCCACAGUCCUGCUCACCUGACGACGGCCCCACGCCCAUGUUCACACCCUGGGUGUUUGCUGCGUAGGUUCCAGGCUUCUAGUCCAGAUGACUCAAGAUGAGGCACCCUGAGUCUCCAGCCAGCACCUAAAAAAGCCACCAAACAAAUGAGGGCGCAGGUCCUCCCAGGUGAAGGCCAGGGUGCUCUGUAGACCAACGGGAGUCCAUGAAGGAACAGGGAGGGCAGGCUCUGGACAGAACCUCAUCCCCUGCGCUCAUCAUGGCUCAUUGCCAAGUACGAACACCUGGGUACAUGCCUCUGCCUGCCAGACCCUAGUACACACCUGCCUUCCUCACUGGUGAGGAGGCCCAGCUCAGUGCUGCCUUUUGCCUCUAGAAAUGCAUUGAGUGUGAACUGUGACGAUGUGGCCAGGGCAGAGGCUGUGUGUCAGGAAAUGCCAAGCCCCCUUUCCUCACUCCGGCAGAUGGCCCACCUGUCCUCACCUGAGGCCAGGCCCACCCACGCUCUGAGAUCAUCUCUUGCCCAGGACGACGUAUUUCCAAAAUAUCGUUGGCUCGGACUGCAUUGGCUGGGCCUCAGCUCUCAUUCACGUGUCGGGAGCUCCAGGCCGGGGAGCCAGGUACUGGUGACCCUUCAGCUCAGAAGGCUUGAGGAGCUGAAUCACAUCCCCAAACCCUCACAUCCUCCCUUUGUGCAGAUGCUAUGGCUCCGCAGGACUGGUCACUUCUCUGCCUGGACUCUGCCCCUUGUCUUGCCCUUUGCCACGUCAUUCAUGCUCCAGGUCGGGCCCUCACACCUGCUCUUCAGCUUCCUGGGUUCUCAGCAGUCCCCACCUGGGGCCCCGCCUGCCUUAAACGUCUCAGGAUGACGGAUGCCAGUGGGAUGUGCCUUGGCCUUUGGCACCACACAUUGCAUGCCCUGGCAGUCACAUUCCUGAUUUGUUUCUGGAGCCAGUCCUGCCCACCAGGACCCAAGCCCCAGCACUAAAGUGUGGCUGUCAGAGAUGGCCCUGCCAACCACACUGUGUGUGGAAAACACCCCAGACAUGGAGCUGCCUGAGCGGAGAUGGAAGGUGGCCCAGUUGGCCGGUCACUGCUCAUUAAGAGGCAUAGGUGUGCAGGCAUGAAAACACGCGGCUUGCUGCCGAUGACUCAGGGGAGGCACCGAACGUCAUGCCUCCCGGUUAUGUCUUGCCGCCGUGUUGAACCAGGAGGGGAGUGACCCCAUUCCUCAGGUAUUUGCCUGGGAGACAGUGAAGGAACGUUCCAGACAGGAAGGCCGGCUGGCUUCCCAAACAGUGUCUAGCCCAUCUCUUGCUGAACUACUGCCAUUUCUUCCUGGGUCUCCUGUUCCAAGUACACAGCCUGAGCUCCUCCUUCCGUCUCUGAGUCUCCCAGUUCCAUGAGGACAGGCAUGGAUGCAGUCAUGGCUGCUGGAACUCCGAAACAUUUUCAGUUCCUAUAGUCCUGUGGUUUUGAAUUGGCACAGGAAUGCUGGCUGCCAGUUUCAGAACAGGAAAAAGAGGAGCUCUAGCAGGAUACUUUGAAUUUUUUUUUUUCUUUUUUUUUUUUGAGAUGGAGUUUCGCUCUUGUUACCCAGGCUGGAGUGCAAUGGCACGAUCUCGGCUCACCGCAACCUCCACCUCCUGGGAUCAGGCAAUUCUCCUGCCUCAGCCUCCCGAGUAGCUGGGAUUACAGGCAGGAGCCACCAUGCCCAGCUAAGUUUUUGUAUUUUUAGUAGAGACGGGGUUUCACCAUGUUGACCGGGAUGGUCUCGAUCUCUUGACCUCGUGAUCCACCCGCCUCGGCCUCCCAAAGUGCUGGGAUUAUAGGCUUGAGCCACCACUCCCGGCCUGAAUUUUUUUUAAAAAGUGAAAGAACUACAUUUUUUUUAGCACUUUGAUGGAUUAGAAGGUCAGCCACUGGCACUCCAGAAAAGCCCAUGGGACUUAUGUAUUGGAUGUUGGGGGAGCACCCCGGCCUUCAGCCUUUCACCAUCUUUAGCUGGUGACUAUUUCAAGACCAUUCUGUAGAGGGAACACAUUUAUUUAGGAUGCCCUUGAAACACUUAAACAAAGGAAGCUGAACGGGGCGGCUUUCCUGCACUUCCUCUUCCAUAUACCUUGCCCUGCUAAUACCAUGUUGGAAUUAUUUCCUUAAUUUCUAAAGCUGCAUGUGCGGAAAUGGCUUAUAUUUCCUGUUUUGAUAAACUAAUAGAACUUUACUGGGAGCCUUGUUCCCGAGUUGGCUUUCUUCUCUUUUGGCCUCUUUUCUGAUUAAAAUAAUAAUUCUAAAAGCCCAGCUUGACUGGAAUGGUGUCAAAGACGAAGACUUGUAUAGAUUUUUUUGCCUUGAAAUGAUAACGUUUUAACUUUUUAAAAGAUGAUAACUUUUUUUUGUUGUUUUUGAGACGGAGUUUCACUCUUGUUACCCAGGCUGGAGUGCAAUGGCGCGAUCUCGGCUCACCGCAACCUUCGCCUCCUGGAUUCAGGCAGUUCUCCUGCCUCAGCCUCCUGAAAAUGAUAACUUUUUAACAGUAGGCGGUGUUGAUCUUGUGUGUCACUUAGCAUGGGUUAUUCAGUGUUCCUCUGUGGAGGGAAUUUGGUUAGAUGCUGGGCCCAAUCCAAUUGUCACAUAUGUGUAAAUUCCCUUCAGAGGAUGGCUCCUGUUGGCUGGAGGUAAAUUGGCUUAAAAAGACUUCCUUGGACAAGAAGUUUCUUGGAACAUGUAGAGGACAAAAUAUUCUUUGUUUUGGGACAGAUGAGUUUUGUUCUUGAAAUAACUCAGUUACUACUCAUUUUCUAUGUGCAAGUUGAGAACGAUGGCCGGCAGCUUUUUUCAUUCAUCUACAUGGCACCCACUUUAAACGAUAGUUACAUCUGCAGAGGGCUGGGUGCGUUUCCCAUGGUUAGUUCCCCUGCUGUACAUGGAUGAUUUGCAGUAGUAGUAGAGAAAUAGCUAGUCACAAAGAGUUUAAGUCGUUUAUGCAUUUGAUUUUCUGGCACUCAGGUCGUCAUUUAAACCUAUUUUUUAGUGCCUUAAAUAUAAGUACCAAUCUGCCAUGGAGAUAAGUGACACUGGUCAGUUUUCUCCAUGUUUUGAGACAGGGCCAUUCCUCAUACACCUACCGAGGAGGACACCCUUUUCCCUGGCGGCAAAGGACUUUCGCUCCGCCUGGUGGCACAGGAUCCUAGUGAAGGCAACACGAUACUCUGUUCUCACUGUCAUUGGGUCGCUCACAGAAUAGGCAGGGCAGCAACCGGGGGACCGGAUGUCCUCUUAAUCCUGCAGCUGCCACUCUUGAUCUUUGCUCUGACUCCAUUGACUCCCAUUGAUAAAUGCCAGAGCCUCUGCUGGCAGCCAGAGAGCCAGUGUCUCCAAGCCCGAAAUUCUCUACUUGAUCCCUAUAGGAGCCUGGCCCAGUAACUGGAACCUGGUUCUCCUUACAGGGUUCCGUGGCUUUUGUUCUUCUAGAGGUAGAAGACUCACCAAGGAAUCUAGAUUGUGGACUAGAGUGAUUUGACGUCUAGGAUAAAUCUGUGCAUGCAGAGGGAUUUUCAUGGCUUUUUUUUUUUUAAAGACACAGUCUCACUUCGUCACCCAGGCUGGAGUGCAGUGGUGCAGUCUACACUCACUGAAACCUCCACUUUCUGGGUUGAAGCAAUUGUUGUGUUUCAGCCUCCUGAGUAGCUGGAAUUACAGGUGUGAGCCACCAUGUCCAGCUAAUUCUUGCAUUUUUAGUAGAGAUAUUUGCCAUGUUGGCCAGGCUGGUCUUGAAGUCCUGACCUCAAGUGAUCCUGCACCUGUGCCUCCCAAAGUGCUAGGCUUACAGGCAUGAGCCACCACACCCAGCCCAAUUUUCAUAUCUUUCUAAAUGUAAUGAUGCCAAGAUUUAAAUAAGACUCCAAGGAAAAGAAUUCCCAUAUAGGAAAUCAACCAGUAAAUCCCCCACUCAAAGACUCCCAUUCUGCACCUGGAAAAAAUGUCUGUUGCAUUCCAGUUGAGUAGAAUGUAAUCUCAGCCUUCUGGAAAACACAUCUUAUGCCUUUGCAUAUACUGCCAACUAGCUUCUAAACAUUUCUGAUUCCUAUAAUUUUGAAUUGGCACAGCAAUGCUGGCUUCCAGUUUCAGAACAGGAAAAAGAAGUGUUCUGGAAGGAUACUUUGAAUUAAAAAGAGAGAGAGAGAGAGAGAGCAAAAGAGAGAACUACAAUUUUUCUAGCACUUUGAUGGAUUGGAAGCUCAGCCACUGAGUCCUCAGGGCUCACAGCUUCCCCAGAUGCAGCACAGGUCACAGAGGUCAAAGCACUGUCCAAGGGCCAUCACUUUUCUAGAACAGAUAUGCUAGGGGUCCACUGAGUCAUGGAACACGCUGAACCUGUAACAAAUCCUACCUUCUGUAGCGCCCAGGGUGAUGGUUCAGUGGUUCCCAGCUUUCUCGCUAUCUCUAGACCAAGCCUGUUUUCACAAUGCCAGUCCAAGGUAAGACUUCGCAAACUUCAAUGUGCUAACCUGGAAGUCAGGCUGGAAAGCAGCUUCUGCUCCAAGGAAGGUGGGGUGGGGCCUGCAUUCCUCACCAGCUCCAGGGUGAUGCCGAUGGGGCCUGUCCACACAGCACGCUUGCCAAGGCGGAGGCCAGCUGGGAGUGUGGACAGCACGCUUGCCAAGGCAGAGGCCAGCUGGGAGAGCAGCUGCCCUUGAGACAAGCACUCACGACCUCUUUGACUUUGCGUCUGAGUCUCUGCCUCUGGUCAGUGUUCCUCUCCCUUUUAUUCUCUCCCAUUUUAUUUGAGGUACAACUGCCAGGUAAAUCUUCCUCAAAGUCUCUGUCCAGUGUCUUCUCCACCACCUGCUCUCUCUCGUUUCUUUCUUUCUUUUUUUUUUUUUUUUUUUUUGAGAUGGUGCCUCACUCUGUCUCGCUCUGUUGCCCAGUCUGGCAUGCAGUGGCAUGAUCUUGGCUCACUGCAACCUCCACCUCACAUGCUCAAGCCAUUUUCCCACCCCAGCCUUCCAAGCAGCUGGGAACACAGGUGUACACCACCACACCCAGUUAUUUUAUUUAUUUUAUUUUUGGUACAGACAGGAAUCCACCUUGGUGCCCAGGCUGGUCUUGAACCCCUGAGCUCAAGCAAUCCGACUGCCUUGGUCUCCCAAAGUGCUAUGAUUACAGCUGUGAGCCCCCACACCCAGCCUUCUCUCCUGCUUCUUUGUCCCUGUGGCUUUCUCUACCCUGCUCCUCCCUUGCCAGCUUGGGUUUUGUCCCUGUGAACUGGUACAAGAAUGACCCAUCCUCAUCUCUUCCUUGCAGCCCAAAGACGUUCAUGUCCACCGUGCUUCUUAGGUUUAAGCUGCUUUGGAUUCUCUUAUUUCUGAAAAUGUAUAAUUCACAUUUCUUUUUCAGAACUAUUUCUAUUGCUUCCACAACACUAACAAUGUCAAGAGCUACAAUAUCAAACUUAGAAGCCCCUUCCCUUUGUCCACAGUGCCUCUGCCAGCUUCUUUAAUUCCCCUACCUUUUCUUGAGGGAGCGGAUGAGUCCAUUCAGUUCUGGCCUCCAGGUUGGUGUGUGAUGAGAUAGUCGGCAAGGUGGGACUGCCUGCAGACCCUCAGUAAUGUUCAUUCAUUUGCUGAGGGAAGUAAUGAUUCAUCCCCCUAGGCAAACUCCUUCCAUGAUUUGGAAUUCAGGUCUGAAUUUUCCUGGCUACACAUCUGGGAAGCCACUGAACUGGCUGUCAGCUGAGUGGGACUAAAGAGGUUCAACCAUGGGUACAAAAAAGUGGCACUAGCUUAAAAUAGAGUCCUGAGCUGCAAGCUGGGAGCACAGCAAUGUAGGGGCAUCCUGAAAGUCACAGGAAGAAUGGGCUUCAAGUCACUCCAAUACAAGAUGUUCCUGAUUCCCUGAUGAUGGUGAUGGUAAUGGUGAUGAUGAUGGUGAUGAUGAUGAUGGUGAUGAUGGUAGUGAUGGUGAUGAUGAUGAUGGUGAUGGUGAUGAUGAUGAUGGUGAUGGUGAUGAUGAUGAUGAUGGUGGUGAUGAUGAUGGUGAUGAUGAUGGUGAUGGUGAUGAUGAUGGUGAUGGUGAUGAUGUUGAUGGUGAUGAUGAUGGUGAUGGUGAUGAUGAUGGUGAUGAUGGUGAUGGUGAUGAUGGUGAUGGUAAUGAUGGUGAUGGUGAUGAUGAUGAUGGUGAUGGUAAUGAUGAUGGUGAUGAUGAUGAUGAUGAUGGUGAUGAUGAUGAUGAUGGUGGUGAUGAUGGUGAUGGUGAUGAUGAUGGUGAUGGUAAUGAUGAUGGUGAUGAUGGUGAUGGUGGUGGUGGUGAUGAUGGUGGUGGUGAUGAUGAUGGUGAUGAUGAUGGUGGUGGUGAUGGUGAUGGUGAUGAUGAUGGUGGUAAUGAUGAUGAUGGUGAUAAUGACGAUGAUGGUGAUGAUGAUGGUGAUAAUGACGAUGAUGGUGAUGAUGAUGGUGAUGAUGGUGGUGGUGGUGGUGGUGAUGAUGAUGGUGAUGAUGACGAUGGUGGUGGUGAUAAUGAUGGUGGUGGUGACAAUGAUGAUGAUGGUGGUGAUGAUGAUGGUGGUGGUGAUAAUGAUGAUGGUGGUGGUGAUGAUAGUGGUGGUGAUGAUUGAUGGUGGUGAUGAUGAUGGUGAUGGUGAUGAUGAUGGUGGUGAUGAUGAUGGUGAUGGUGAUGAUGAUGGUGGUGAUGAUGAUGGUGAUGAUGGUGAUGGUGAUGAUGAUGGUGGUGAUGAUGAUGAUGGUGAUGAUGACGAUGAUGGUGAUGAUGAUGGUGAUGAUGAUGAUGGUGGUGGUGGUGGUGGUGGUGGUGGUGAUGGCAUGAAGGUCGUGCCCUCCUAGGCCUGGUGGUUAGCGGUAGCCAGUCUGUCUUUGCCUUCUAGCAGUGACAGCCUCAGGCUGUCAGGCAGGGAGGUUGGGUUUGGAGUGUAGGCAUGGUGGGAAUAAUGGGCCUUAGCAGAGCCCUGGGGCAUGGGCCUGGGCAUAGUGAGUCCUCUCUGUUAACAGGAUCCCGCAGCGCUUAAGGACCAGUCUCCCUAAUUUGCUGUCUAACCAUCUUCUUCUUCACAGCUCUUACCAGCAUUUAAAUUAUGUGGGUUUCAUUGUUUGUUUACUUACUUAACCUUCUUGUCUACGUGGUCACAUGCCACAGGGCAGGAACAGUGUCUAAUCUGCCCCUACUUUAUACCCAGAGCCCAGCACAGUGCAUGGCACAUCAGUGAUCAUGAAAGAGUGAAUGAAUUUGUAAAGUGAAAGGCUGGAUGAAGGGCCGCCCAGUCCCCUUCCCCUUGUCAUGUUAGUUUGGAAUCGGGGGUGGGACGCUGCCCUCUCACUGGUGCAAUUGAAGGAAGGUGCAGGACAUGGUUCAGGUUCCACGGUGGUCCCGAGCCCCCAGAUGGGAAGUUCUGUGUGCAUAUGAGCAGGUAAGAGUCAGGCAUUCUCCAGGGGGCAGGGUGCCUCCACCAACUUUCACAAGCCUUCUGUAGAACUGAUACCAAUAGGCCGUGAGUCCUUUCCUGUGUUGGGGUGAAGGAUACCCAUACAAGCGCAGGCGUUUGGCCAGCCGGUUGAAAGGCUGUAGCAUGCCCCAUGAGCCUGGAGCACGUUCCACACCUAGAGUGGGAGUGCAGGAACCUCCUGGCCCUGGGAGCUUCAAUGAGGCCAGCAGCCAGGUGCACCUGCGGGGGGCCUCUGUGAGAGCCGGGCAUUGGGAUUGCUCUAUACACUUGCUGCCUUGCAAAUUCAGACUUGAAAUGAGAAAUUAAUGGAGGAUUAAAUAUAUAUUUCUUUUAUGAGCCUGCGAUCAUGGUAAAAAGAGGCAUGUCAAAUGCUUGGUGAGACCCAUGAAUCCCCUAAAGAACACUGAGGCAAACCAGACCUGACAGGGAAAAGCAGGCCUCGGAGAGACUGAAACUCCAAAUAUAGCCCAGGGCCAGUGUUUCGUCCUGAAGGUGGUGAGCAGAGAUUUCAGGAGGAUGCAGGGUGGGAGGAAAUUUCUCAUUUUUAUUAAGGAGUUGACAAGAAUAGGAUCAUGGCUUGUCUUUGGGUUACAUUAAGCACUAAAAUGAAGGGCUAGGCAGGAGGGCUGGGAGCAGAGUGACGGCAGGUGGGGGAUCAGUGUGCCUCUGCUGGAGGGAGUGGCCGGGCCACAGACAAGGGACCCCGCUUAGCAGUCCUCACACCCCUCAUGUGAGGUCCUCAGCAAGGCACUCAUGUCUCGAGACUGUUUCUGAGACCCAUAUCUUGUCAGGAGAAUGCCAAGGCUCAGGUCAGAGACUUGUUCAGUUUUUAAGAGACUGUCUGGAGUACACACCCUGCCCUAACAAGUCAAUAUUUCCAGGAGGAAUAUUUCUGUUCCUCCUGGAGACCUGACAUUCCAAAGCGUGGUGCUUCGGGCUCUUGUAAAUGCUGGAAUUCCUAAGAGUCUCUCUGGAGGACAGGUAAGGUAUCAGUGGGAACACACAUACACACAUGCACGUGCGUGUGUGCGCACACAGCUAGCAUGUCCAUGCUGGAAACUGCUUUGGCUCGGAAUGAGCAGGGCCUCCUCUCAGUGAGGCAUUCCUUCCCUUGCAAGGUAGCACCCGAGCCAUCAGCACGUGCAGAAGAGUGUUGCAAGUGGGAGGUAUCUUCACCUACACGCCCUAGUUCCAAACGCAAGAAAGCAUCGUUCAGUUUUGAGUGGGCUGUGAAUAAGUCACUGCAACUCAAUACAGUGAAUAUCCUAAACCUAGACUAAGGAGUCUAUUAGAUCAACUUGAAACCAUUAAAAUCAUUUCAACCCUUGAUUUAUAUACAGGGAUUUGGCAAGUGGCUUUAAAAUCAAAAUUAAAAAUAGCUUGGGAAACAGCAGAUGGAGAGUAUGUGUUGACACUCCACCCUAUAGACUCGGGAGGCCCGCCUGCCCUUCCUGGACAACUGGCCAGUGAAUGACUGGGUGAACUGAGGACUUCUGCCAAGUGCCCGCUCAUGCCUCCCUCGUGUGUAGUGAAAGGCAUGAAUGCAGCAGCCCAUCUAGACAUGGACUUUGGUGUGGAGUUGGAUUUCUAGAAAUCACAUAUAUAAAAUCAUGGGGUUUAUGAGCCCCAUUGCAGAUAAACAUUGAAGUCAUUUUAAAAAUUGGCAAAUACUUAGGAUCGCGUUUUCAGGUCAUGAGAGGAUUUUAUAUGACACCAUGAACUCCAGCUGCCUCAUUACCUCACUCAAGACAAAAAGAUAACCAAAAAGAAAUGGAAAAGACUUUCAAGGUAUUGUUUUCUUUAAAGGGUUUGGGACUUUCUAAUUUUCUGGAGGUUUUCAUAGUAGUGACUGAUGCAUCAGAUACUAUAUUAGGUAAAGAAUUAUAGGAAGAGCACAGAAAAUGUGAAACUCUCCAAUGAAACUUCUCUAAUAGACAACUGUUAACUAAAGAAAAAAAAAUAUCACCCUUAUGAAAGGAAUAUGGAGUCAUUGCUGGGACCCAGGACCAACUCUGGCCAGGAGGUUUUGGGUCAGAAGCCUGUGUGUCCUGCCUGUCCGCCCUGGCCUGCCCAAAAGGCCCUGCUGGGUGGGAGUGGGGAGUGGGCCUGGCCAUGCCACCUGCAACUCCACCCGGACAUUCAGCUGGUGACAGGAAUGGGGAGGUUCCAACAGACCCGCAAUCACAAAAACAUACAGAGGGAGCCCCAUGUGAUAGUCUUGUUUAGUCACUGAAACUUCGAAGGGAGUGAAAAGUCUCUGG